GAGAGAGUGUUUGUUGGCAUCACUGCAAGGAGACCUCAGAGACGCCAGUGGUGAGGAAACUUUAAUUUAAUCAAAUUGACAAGAUAACUUUAAUUUAGUGACUGAGAGAUUGAAAUGUGUGCGUUUAUUGAUAAUUUAAGUCUAAAUUUAAAAUGUAGUGUUUAACCUAAUAUAGUGGCACUGGUGGUUUAGGUCUGACACUUUUCUGAUUAUCUUUUGGUCUCUUUUUGUAGUUUAAACUCAUGUAAGCUUUCAUAAAGUGAAAUUAUUUGAUUUAAAUAGACCAUAACCUUAAAUAUCAAGUUUGAAAUGUACUUUGAAAUGAGUAUUGAUGAGGUUACUUGUUUUGUGCUUACUUAGUGACAGCCAGAUUUUUUCACUUAUUCCCUUUGAGGUUCUCAACCUGCGACUGCAACUGGCUCCCAACACCAAUAAAAGGGAAAGAAAAGCAAGCUGAGUCGUCUCCAGCGCUCUCUGUUGAUCUCCAGACCUUAAGCGAGUUGGGGCGGCCAAUGAUGCUCGGACAAUGCAAACAAGAAGCAAAACGGGGUGAGUUCAAGGAUUUUUUUUAUUUUUUUAAUCAACUUGAGUGACAAUUUGGCGACACAAUGACACUGUGUUGCCAGAGCCAUUCAAAGAUGAGAUCUCCAAACUUCCUAUGAUACUGUAAAUUUAGUUUGUUUAAGGUAAUGUGGGAUGUUUUAAUAUUGUGUUGAUUCUGAUGACACCUGAAGACCAAAUCAGUUGUGUUCUUUUGGAGACUGCAAUUCCCAUGAGCACCAUUGGCCACUGUGUGCAGCUCUGUGACUUUGUUGUUGAAACAAAUCAACAAAAAUCUGAUCUUUCUUUUCAUAAUACUUUCCUCAGAUCAAGAAAAGUUUUUGCAGGAUUCAAAGUGAUGUGGUAAAAAUAUUAAUUAAAAUGAGUAAUGCAAUAACAGCAAAAUUUAGUAAACUCUGAUUAGCUACAGUUUCUUAGCUUUACAAAAGAUGGCCCAGUCUGAUCAUUUCAGUGUUUCCUGCCACUGCUCCUAGUUAAGAUGACCAUAUAUCCUCUUUAACCCGGACAUGUCCUCUUUUUGGGGGGGCUGUCCGGGCUUGCCCGGCUUUGUCUGUGGAAGUUUAUAAAAUCCUUCUAAUGUCCACGGUUUUGUACCGAAGUUUGGCGUUUGUGUCACAUGGACUUACUGAGUUAGAAGCGCGUAUAAGACACUUGAUGCGGCCCGAAGAAGCUCUAAAAAUUAACUUUGUGCAACUCCGUGACUGCGCAACCGAGUAGUCGUGUCCUCUUUUUGGGAAGUCAGAAUAUGGUCAACCUACCAUACUGUUUUGAUAUGUGUGCUGGUUUCCCACUAAAUAUUCAUUAAAAUGAUAACGUAAUUUAGCCAUGUAGGUCACGAGAAAGCAAAAGAGUAAUGCUAUCGCAAAAUCAGUUGCAUUUAAAAUCUGUAAAUAACAUCUGUUUUAUCAGGCUCAUUCUGCUGAAUUAAACCAGUCUGCAGCAACUAUGUGACACUAUUUAACAUAAAACUGAGACCAUAUGACAAACAGAUGAAGCAUCACUCCAAAGCUACCACAGAAUUCAGAUAAAAUCCAGAUUAUAUGACCACAAGUCAGCUAUCUGCUUAUCUGACUCAUACCCUCCAGUGGAUGACUGAUCACCACUUAAACGCUAAAAAUGGGUCAGUGCAGGCGUGACUCUGCCCCAUGUUGGGACAAAAGGCGGUUGUGUUGCUUUAUUGACCUGUUUUGUCGUCUUUGGCCUUGAAUAGCAGACUUGGCAAGAUGCACUUCCUGCACUGGGACGCAUCUAUUGUUGAAGGUAACACUUAUUUUCCCAUCAAGUGCAACAGAGACUGCUCCUCAAAGUGCUUACCAUUGUUUUAUUAAACGUCUGCAAACACUCCCUGAUAAUGGGUGUUGAAAAGCCACAGUGUUUGGGGUCAGAUUGCUCCAUCAAGGAAAAAUAGAUUGAAUGUCUAAGUUUAGUUUGUGUCAAGUAUACUGAAAAAGAAAUAUAUUUUAGUAAAAUGAAGAAUCAUUUGGUACGUCGUGAUUAUUGAUCAUUUUUGACGUGUAAAGCAAAUGUGUCAUUACUGCAGUAAAUUUGCAAUCACUGAUUUUUAUCCCGUUUGUGACCAUAAUCUGAUGCAGCUGGAGAGAUGAUCGUGAAUCCGUCCUUUGUUGCAGGUGCAUCUAUCAUUUUCCAGUGACGACAUUUGCAGUAGCUUGUUGAGAGAUUUGCAAUUAGUAUUUAAAAGGGAAAAACCUUUGAUGAAGAGAGAAACACACCCCUCAAUCUUCCACUUUGGUGUUCCAUUUCCAGUUUAUCACUGAAGCUGAAGUUUUCUUCGUAAAAGCGUCUUUGAAGUCUGACUCAGAUAAGAUCAAACAUUUUUAUAUAAAACUGUUACAGAAUUAUUAAAUGAAAAACUUGUCCAAAAAAUAAUUGACCUGCUCUUUUGUCUGAGAAAGCAUCAAAGCCUUGUGACUCCCCCAGGUAUUGGCUCCCACAGCAUGUAGUAUUUUCAAGAUAGGACCUGUGCACCGCUGCUGCUUUCCAACAAAAGUUGUAUUUCUCUGAGAGGUAAACUAUCUUUCUGUUCAAGAGAGAGUUCCUCGGUAAUGGUAGUGUAAUUCUGAAAUUAUUGAGCAAGUUGGAGGUUAAUGGAUGCCAUAAAAUACAAGCCUGAAACCUGCGUAAGCAAACAGACACUGAGUGCUGCAGUUUCAGCAGCGGCAUAGUACUUUCUGUGCUCUCAACCAGUCAGGAAUUCAAACCAACAUUGAAUGAAUGAUUAAAAAUAAGGUCAUUAAGGUCUGGGUAAAAGAGGUGGGACUAAGGCUGCCAGAAUCAAUGAACUAAUCAUGAUGAAAAGUUACUUUGUUGAAUUUCUGUCUUUGAAAUUCUGUGCUAUAUGUUGUCCCUUUCUGCACACUGUAGUGGAGCUGCUGCAGUGUCUUUCCUGCUUCCUGCUGCCGAAUGAAAGAAAAUGUCUUCAAUAGGAUUUGAAAUGGCACCAAAAUUACCAGACAGCUCAGCUGAAAAGACAAAAUGAAUAUGCACUUUGUGUCAAAUAAAAUAAAAUAAAGAAUCCACUAAAAUACCUUAAAUUUGAGCUACCACCUGGAGGCUAAACUUACAGACAUGUAUACAGAGUAAGACGUAUCAGCUGCAUCUGGACUUCCUGGGUGGUUGAUUCACCUUUCUUUCGCUGGAAAUAACAGUUAUCAUGUACAGGACCUGUACAAAACACAAAGAGGUAGUUUGGAGCUGUAAUACACACUUUCAAAUGUUUUGAAAUGCAAAAUAAUAGAAUUUCAAAGUGGGAUGGAUCACAUGUUAAUACCUUAUUACGUAAAGGUGGGGUUUUCCAGCAAAGUAGCUCUCUGCUAUACCUUCUGGAAGUGUCAAAGCUGAUAAAUGCACUGUUGACGUCGGUGAUGAUUACUUUGGCAUCAGAAAGUCGAGUUCCUGCUGUAAUUCAUAAUUAAUGUUCAUAAAACGUCACUUUAUAUCCAGCUAUAUUCUCUGUCUUUCAUGCAAACUGUACAUGCACAGCUCUACAUGAAUCUGACAGGGUGUAGAGGCUGUUUUCAUCCGAGGUGCACUGUGCCAACCGAGUUCAGCUUAAAUGAGCCUGUUUUUAUUGGCUCCUUAGUGCUUGGCUCGAGAAGAGUUUAGCUUGAGCAGGCAUGGCCUGCAGUGUCUUAAAUAGCUUGUGAGGUCCCGACUUUGCUUUUAACUUCAGCAGUGAGUGAGUCACUUGGUAAUUAUUAUAACCACAAAACAAUUAUUUACAUUCCAUCUAAUUGAUAAAAGCUUCACCUCCACAUGUGUUUGAGGUUUAUACAACACAGCAGGAUGCACAAGGUGCUUUUAGCUCGUACCGCUGAACCUGAGUAAUUGAUCUGCUGAGAAUUACAGUGGCAAAAGUGAUGGGACUUAACAUUUAAUAGGGCCCGGGCUCAGCUCAUUUACAACUUAAUGCAUCCGUGGUAGGAGCCUUUAUUUAACGAGGAAAUAACUUCAGGGUAGUGUAAGGGAGAUGUUUUAUGUCUACAAGAUGUUGACGGUGCAUUUGCCAUGCAGCAUUUUCAACUCAAAGUACCUUAAGUACUGAAAGUCCUCAAUAAAAGAAACAAAAACAAAACCUGCAGAUACAUGCAGUGUGAAGAUGCCUGAAGGCCAAGAGCCUAAAACCUUCAAAUCUGGUAGAGAAAGACUCAACGCACUUUGUAGAUAAUGCAUUUUAGAUGGGAAAGUCUGGAAAUAUACACUCAAGGCAUUUUAGCAAAGUCAUGUAUUGUACUCAAGUCAAGUCAAUGUUUAUUUAUGAAGCACCUUUAAAAGACAGCAGUCAAACAAAGUGCUGUACAUGGAAUAAGAAGUAAAUAAAUAGAUAACAAUAAAAAUAAAAUUAAAAACAGUCGAAUAAAAUACAGACAGUAAAAGAAUAAAAGCUACAGUGUCUCUGAUUUCUGUGUGCAUUUAAAGGCAAGGGAGAAAAGGUGGGUCUUUAAAGAUGACGUAAAACACCCUAAUCCUCUGUAAUCCUCUAAUCGUAUAUCAAGUUAACAGGUAUACUGUAUCUAUUUCUAUUACAGAAGGAGGGAUAGUGCCACUAAAGUGUCUUGGGAUUUACUUAUUGUCAAAUAUAUUGUUUGUUUGACAAAUUGCUUUACAUUGAUCUUAAAUCUUAUUUUACUGAAGACCUGAAGCCUCAUGAAUUUGAACCACUGAUUUUGAAUAUUGGAAAUGGUGUUCCACAAGGAUCAAUAUUGGAUCCUCUGCUAUUUCAUGAAAAAUAUCAUUAGUGCUCUCUGCUCUUCAAGUCUGCUCCCUGUUUUUGUCCUUUUUUCACAUUUGGAUCGGACACAAUCUUAUCAGGACAUGUUUUCUUCAUAAUCAUGCAUUUAAAUUCUCAACACUGACAUUCGAAAGAUGCCAGCAUGCAUAUAAAGUUCCAUAUAUCUUAAAAAAAAAACUGGAAAAUUUUUGUCGCCAGUAGCAACUGUCGCAAGUUGAAGCUGUAGAAAAUUUAAAUAAAAUGCACCAAUCCACAAAACUGACCGUCUUACAGCACUUCACAAACAUACGAGCCAUUAUAGGGUGUAGACAGAACAUUUUCUUCUUUCCUGGACCAACAUUUCACUUUCGAUCAGUGAGGAAGAAGUUGAACUAAAUCAUGAUUUCCAGGUGCCUUUAAAAUUUGAUUAUGGGAAUAUUUCCUGCCUUUUAGAGGAAAAGAAGUUUCCAACUUUGUUGUUAGAAUAUGAGCCGUUAUACUGAUGCAAGCAAUUGUUUUCAGAAGUAACCCAAUAAAUCAUGUCUCUGGACAACCUGGUAGAUAUAACAGGAAAACAGAGAGCAAAUCCACAGAGGGAAAAGCCAGGCGGGAUAGAAUCACCUGCAGGAGACUGGUCUUUGGCAGUACAGUCAAGAGUGUGCAGGAUAAGAUUUAUUUGUAAAUCCUCCUUUUUUUGUUUUUUAAGUACAGAACUAAAGAUUUAGUAAAGUAGAUCAUGAUUUAUCAUAAAUAAACUAAAUAAGUUUGAGUUUUUAAAUGUUCCCUCGAUGUUAUCUAAGUUUAUGGUUGACAUAAUAUGAGGUACUUAAAGUUAAGUGUUACUCUAACCACAUACAGUAGCCACCCCUCUUUGUUCUGCAUUUGGCAAAGGUUCACUGUGAGCUGCACCAAAUUAGUCAUAGGUGAGGGUGUGACUCAUUUCUCUUUUUGUAAAUCCAAAAAAAAAAAGAAACCGUCAUUGCUCUUUUGAUUAUAAGUUGACACAUGUAGGCAUAAGCAAUUACUAUUUUUAUAGCCAGCGGGGUCGGAGACACUUCAUUUUUCCUUGUUGUAAAUCUGCUGUCGUUUGGUGCAUUGUUUAACUUUCCUGCACUCGAAAGAGCAUCCUACAUGUGGUGAAACGACACGCUGAUGAUAGAGCAGAGUUGAUAUAAAAAUGAACUCUGUGGGAGGAAGUAUGCAGGCAUUGGUGGUCUGCCACUGCUGGCACAGGCUCCUCGUGUUUCCACAGGAGAUGCCAAAUGGUUGCAGGCCGUGCCAAGGGAGUGAUGGAUCAAGGCGACAGUCCGCGGUAUUCCCAGGUCUCUGAUCACAGAAGGUACCUCUGCAGGGAAACCUGGGAAAAUCCGGAGAUGGGAACGGUUUCUGAUUUGUUCUCUGCGCAGAGCUUUGACUCGCCGUGCUGCAAACCUCUGCGGUGCAUUUUCAUUUAGAUCAAAGGGCCCAACCCCAAUUCCAAGCAUGCAAACACAGUGAAACAUCUGCAGCCCAAUCCAUGAUAUUUCCCCGGAGGAUUUUCCAACUUCACAUAUUAAAACAAACUCCUCCAAACUGUCUGCCACACCCCUGACCACUGGGGCUCUGACCACUCUGUGUCCACAUCUGUGCUGGUUUGAGUGGAAAAUAACCAAGAAUGGGCUUCUUAUCGUGAGAAAAUGAGUGCUCAGUGUGGGUCUGACCGUGCAUUUGAACUACCACUCGUCUUAAACCGUCUAUUUUAUAUUUUAUUGUUUGACUUUUCUCGUACCUUUCCCCCAAAACAUCUUGCUCCAGGGCUGCAAUAGAGAAAAAUUCAGUCUGGUUUCAAACUUGGAGAAAUUACUGUUGAUGUAUUUAGUUUUUAGUAAAAAAUAAUAUUUUAAAGUGAACAUCAUCAGCACUAGUUUCUCAUGCACACUCUGUGAGUGAUCGACCAUUUGCUGCCAUACAUUGGGUUGAGGCUGAUAAUAAAACAGUGAAAUCACUGAUUCUGAACUUGAAUACUGUUAUCCUGCCACCCCCCAUCCCUUAUCCAGCAUAUACUGUUAUUUCAGUCCACAAAUAAUUAGUAAAAGAUUGUUCAUGCAACAUAUUAUCUAAAAUGUAUUCCCAGAGAAAUAAUCAAAACUCCGGCAGAAAUGAGUAUAGAUUCAGAAAAUGGGGAAAAUGAAUGACUAAAAUAUGGUAUAUUCCAAAAAGUUUUAAAUUAAAAUACAUCUACAUCUAUAGCAAUUUGAGUAAAUAAGUUGAAGUGAAAUAUAAAAUUUUGUCCGCAGACAUAGGGGGGUUAGGUGUCCCACACAGCGAUUAUAGCGAUGACAUCGGGUAAGAUAGAGGAGUCUGUUAUGAUCUCAUGGUUCAGUUUCAGAGUAAAUCAGUCCAAGAAGGUCACUGUCGUCUCCCACCAGCUGAUAAGGAUGAACUUUGGAGAAUUUGCAUCACUCUGACUCAGAGUAGGGACGGGGAGGUCACUGCUGCUCAUGUGGGCUUUAUACUGUAGAUGGAAAUAAACAUUAAGACAGCAAUGAAAAUGAACGCCUUUUCUUAGUCCCUCCCUGGAUAUUUUACUUAUAACUCAUGGAUUAAGAUAAGCAUUAGUGUAGGGGCAGUUGGGGAUGGGGAUACAAAUGUUCCAUUGCGUUGUAUGCAUGUGUUUAUCGGAUAGGAAAGUUUUGUCCUCGCACUUUCACUUCUCACAGUAGCUAUGAGCGCAAGGUCCUUUAACACAAUCCCUUACCUGUUCAAGCAUCUCACAAUGUUGCUUAAGUGCAUCUACUAGGUCCUAGAACUUUAUCUAAUAGAUGAAACUCAAAGCAUGUAUAAGUCUGUUUUAAAAUUGCUCUGUAUGCUCGAUAAUUGCUUUUUCUUUAAGGUAGAUUUAUACGAUAUUGUGGAAAACAGAGGAAAGGAUUCUUGGCCCUAGGAGCAACUCUAGAACUUAAAACCCAUCAGGAUAAGUUUCCAUCACGCAUUGUUGUUGACAUAGCUGAUAUAAUAUAUGAUUUGAUUGGUUGAUGAAGAAGUGACACAGACAAGCUGAUGCUGUGAGCAUAAAAAGCUCUGUUUCUACAAAAAUCUGCUAGCUCGAAAAAUGCUAAAACUGAAAACCCAUCAGGAUAAGUUUCCAUCAGCCGUUGUUGACUAAGCUGAUAUUGGGACGUUCUCCACUUCUUGAUUUUGAUUGGUUGAUGGAGAAGUGUUACCGACAAGCUGAUGCUGUGAGCAUAAAAAGCUCUGUUUCUACAAAAAUCUGCUUGCUUAAAAAACACAGCCUGUGUACACAGGCUAUUACUGUUUUCAAUUUCAAGCAUGUCUUGAUUGUUAAUAAAAACAAACAAAUUACUAAGCAGCCAUUAAGAAAGUCAUCAGAGCCACACAGGGACUCCAAGGCUGUUUUUGCAGACAGAAAGCUCUCUCGGUACAAUAGAAAGAUUGGGUUUAUGUUUUUUGAGCCUGCAUCUUUGGUCUGAGACUAUGCAACUGGUUGCUAAGCAACCACUGUGCCAGCUCCUGUCACUGAGGUCUGUUGAGGCAAACCUUCCAGCUCUGUGGGUUUCAACAGGAAGCUUUCCAAACACAAGACAGACAUCUCAUACAAAAUUCCCUGUCCAAGGGGUUUUCAGUCUGGAUUUUUAGAGGGCCAAUCAGAACACACACAAAAACACACACAUGAAUGUAUCCGAUGUGACGGCAGUGUCUUUGGCCCAACAGUUUAAACUUAAUUUUGCAGAUAAAAGCAGAAUCCAGUUAAAAGGAAUUCAGACUUGAUCAUAUUCACUGAAACAUUUUCAAGAUAACACUAUGUUUUAUUUUCAAACAAACAAAAAGCAGAUUUUGAAGACCACGCAGCAACUGUGAAUGUAGUUAAUGAAAAAAAGGAGAGAUGAAUUUGUCCUUGGAGCCAUUUGCACUGAGGCUUUUUGGCUACACUUCAAAACACAAGAGGAAAGAGGAGAGAAAGUGAAGAAGAAUAACACAACAGUUGAGUAAAAAAGUAACACACAGUAGAAAAAAUGUGCCUUUCUGAAGUACAACGUAGCGACACUCCUGUGAGCUGUACGGAAACAGAAAAUGUUUGAUAGAGACUUUUAUAUUCAGAGCUGCUGCUGCUGCUGCUGUAAAACAUGUGGAGACACUUUUCAUUAUGACGCUUUUGUGUUUUUAUACUCUGAAAGAUAGCCACAAAUAAAUUAUUCUUCGGCUCCUCCUGCCUGAUCCCAUUUUACCCUUUUAUUCUACGUUCUUAAACGACAUCGUACAUCAGAUUUAGUUCAGUAUACGAGGGUUUUUCUCUUUUAUUUGUCUCUAUCUCUGACAUUACAAAGGCUGCUAUUUUCUCUGGAGCCAGUGUUGAGACCUGGAAACUGACCAUUAAAAUGCCUGGAGAUAUUUCAGGCCUUGUUAAAGACCUGCUGUCUGGUCCGAAGAUGAAUUCCACCCACAGCCAUUCCUCUUUUCUAUCUUUCCCUCUGCUUCACUCUGUGAUCAAGCCCUGUCAAAGGUUUUGAUAUGAAGGCUGAUGGAUAGUUCAGGGGGCUCUGGAUGCUACAUAAAUAAUCUGAGUCUGUUGUAUUGACACACUCAAUCUUGGGCUGUCCAGAUAUCAGAAUUUCACCUCAUUGGAGCCAAAAAAAUCACAAUAACAUUAUUUUCCAAUUCAUGUUUGAAACUUUGAAAAGAAAUACAACAAUUGGUUACAAACCAUGUCAACAAGCCACAUCCAGCUAAAAUUUUUAUCUCCAUUUUCAGGAUCAAAACACUGCCAAAGCAUGCAUUGCUGCAAGAUGUCGUCUGUCAUGUGCAUUGGUUUACAUCCGGGUCGUAGAGCAUUAUAGCAUUUUAGCAACAGCCACUAGCGGUAGCUACUGAAGCUAGCUGUGCUACAGCUAAGACAAAAUUAUGACUAGCAUUAACAGAAACUAGGACCCCGUUGGGGCACUGGCGGGCCCGAGCCGUGUCGCGUCCCCCCCCCCCCCCCUCCAAUGUGCUGCCUCCCCGUCCCAUUUGUGUCCUCUGGCCAUCGCCCUCUCUGUUAACGCCCAUCACUGCAAAGACCCUUUUCCUUCAUCGGCGUUUGCUGUUCUUCCUGCCAUUGCGUGUUGCUUUCACUUACACUUGCUACAGCCAGCCUCGUGAGUGCCUAGCCUAUUGGAUAUCACUGUCACCUACACAGGACAGUCAUUACCUUUCUAUUAAUACUUUGUGUUUUAAUUUCACAUUAAUUUCCAUAUUGUAUAAACGACUGGAAAAAACUUGAGCCCCUGCCCCUGUAUAAUCAUGUGCAUGUCUCUGUUCUAGCUCCAAGGUGAAUCUUCACUGCUCAUGUUCUCCUCAGAAGCACUCACCUCACUCCCCUCAGGUUACUGUACACAUGCACCAACUGCCUGCUUCAGGUUUGGAUGGAGCUUCAUGGUUGUCUUUUGGAGAAAUGACCAGUCAAGUUGUGUUUGAAAUUUGAUUUUUUUCAGGGGCAAAAGGAGCCUCUGCAUUCUUGUCAAAUAUGUAAAUAGCAUGUUUUUGCAGGUGCUAAAAACCAGACUCUGAGUGUGUGUGUGUGUGUGUGUGUGUGCGUGUGUGUGUGUGUGUGUGUGUGCGUUCAAGUCACAUGACAUAUUUAACCGGAUGUAGCUGCAAGACGGAGCCUCGUUGACUCUCCGUUUCAACUUAUCUCAAAAGUGAGGACCUCAACCUAUAUACCAGUUUUUAAAUUGUGUUGAUAGGCCAAAUAAAACCAGAGUUAUGAUAAAUUAUGUCUGCGAUACUUUUUUUCUGCUUAUUUUGAUCACGUUCGGCGCUCGAUCGCGCUGUAUGAGACAGGAAAACAUAGCAUGCAGACAUUAGCGACAGGUCUUACAGGCGGAAAAGGCUUGCCAAAAGAAAAAAAAAAAACACACCACAACAUCUCUCCUAUUGGUGGAAAACUUCACCACAACAACCAAUCCAAAAUUAUAUGGUGACUGAUUGACAAGGGGCGGGCGCUUACGUUCUUCCUGCAACAUGAGAAGGGAGGGAGGGACUCUCAGCAGGGAUGCAGUCUGGGACACGUAGUUGCAAACCUAGCGACUUUGUUGUUAGAUUCAAUGACUUUUCAGACCCCCUAACGACUUUUUUAGAAAGAAAGGGACUUUUAUCGACUUCUUCUGGAGUUUAGAGACUCUGACAUGAAGCAGGCUUUCCUUACUGAGGAGUUAGCAACGCUGCUAAGGGUGCAGAGCCACACAUGCGCUCCGAGCUCUGCAUGGGAGACUGAAGCUGACAGAGCUGCAGCAGUUAGCAGGUUUCACCCUCAGAGACCACCAGGGGUUCAUGUUGAGGCAUUUUAAUUUUUUUUUUUUUUGUGCCAUAGACACUGUCAGCACAAUCUGCAGUUACACUAACAAAAAUGCUGCAAAAAACAAAGAAUUAUGGAAAAAUUACACAUGGACUGACAUAGAGGAGGAUCUACACAAGUUUUUUACAUCAUGUUUUACAUCAUGCAUCAUUUACAUCAUGUUUUUUUGUAGUGGCAUAAAUAAAAAGUGACAUUUGUGAGACUAUACAGUGUUUUGUAAAUAAUUUUACAAAGAACGCCUGGGCCAUUGCCUGCAUUUUGAUGUAAAUAGAGGUAAAUCACUAUGUUCUUUGUUAAAAAUUUGCAUAUGUUUUGAAGUUUACAAUUUUUAUUUGAAGUUUAAGUUUUAAAAACAGUUCAUCACACAUAUUUGUGGUUUUCACAGUAAAAAUGUUACUUUUUUCCACUCGGAUUUUAUGUUUUGUGUGUGAAUUUGGGUCCAUUGUGUAAAUUCAGUAUGUCAACAUGAUAAAAUAACUGUAAAUUCGCACAGGUGAGGUUGUGCUGAAAAAAAUGAUACCAGGCAAGGCACGUGAUUGUCAAAUUUUGUGUCAAUAUGACAAAGCGUAUAGGCGUGAAUCUCAACAAUAUGUAUUUUCACCUUAGGGGACAAGAAAAAAUGGACUUUUUUCUCCUGCCAUGGGGGGGCGCUCUUUUGGGGAGUAAAAAUUCCUUCACAAAUGUGUUGAUGGCUGGACAUUGCAUCAUCCUAGAAAACUUGGAGGCCAGUGAGGACAAAAAUAAAAAGUUAUAAGACUUUUAAAUAUGUGGAUUUUAGGGUUAUCUUUGGCGCCCCCUAGAACCUAAACCGUGGGGUGCAGCGUCAUGAUUUGAAUAACUUUUAAUGGCCAUGGGGUGUAGAUUGGCCUGAGCAAAUGUGGUGCCGGUGGAACGAAAGCCUUAGGAGGAGUUAGCCACAUUCCAAUGUGUGCGGAUCGGCAAAAAAUGCGGAAUAACCCUUUAACCGUACAUUUGACAGAUACGCGCGCAUUGACUUUUUCGUAGAUCUUAUUGAGUUACAUGUGUGUGUCAAUUUUUGUGUCAUUUUGACAAAGCGUAUAGGCGUGACACUCAACAAUGUGUAUUUUCACCUUAGGGGACAAGAAAAAAUGGACUUUUUUCUCCUGCCAUGGGGGGGGCGCUCUUUUGGGGAGUAAAAAUUCCUUCACAAAUGUGUUGAUGGCUGGACAUUGCAUCAUCCUAGAAAACUUGGAGGCCAGUGAGGACAAAAAUAAAAAGUUAUAAGACUUUUAAAUAUGUGGAUUUUAGUGUUAUCUUUGGCGCCCCCUAGAACGUAAACCGUGGCGUGCAGCGUCAUGAUUUUGAUAACUUUUAAUGGCCACGGGUUGUAGAUUGGCCUGAGCAAAUGUGGUGCCGGUGGAACGAAAGCCUUCGGAGGAGUUAGCGAAAUUCCAAUGUGUGCGGAUCGGCAAAAAAUGCGAAAUAACCCUUUAACCGUAAUUUUGACAGAUACGGCCGCACUGACUUUUUUGUAGAUCUUAUUGAGAUACAUAUGUGUGUCAAUUUUUGUGUCAAUAUGACAAAGCGUACAGGCGUGACAGUCAAUAGUGUGAAUUUCCACCUUAGGGGGCGCUAUGGAGCCAUUUUGCAUUUUAUUGUUUGGGCGACUUCAGAAUAUCGAAUUUUUCACCAGGCCCGGUCGUCCUGCCAAAUUUCAUGAGUUUUCGCCAGUGGGAAGUGGGCCAUUUUCCAGUUCAAAGGGGAGGAAAAAGAAAAAAGAAAGAAAGAAACAAAGAAAAACCACUUGGGGAAUAAUAGGGCCUACGCCCGGCUGCUCUGCAGCUGGCUCGGGCCCUAAUAAUAAAGAUAUUAUAGUGAGUCUUACCAGCUUAUAAUUCUUGUGCUGACCAUAGAAUACAUAGAAUGGACACCCUCUGCCUCCUUGCUGGGUGAAGCCACCGCAAGAACAGCACCCUCUGGUGACAGGCUGCAGUAUAGGUCAUAAAUCCAGCCUCCUCCAGAAAUCCCUAUGGAGCUGUGGACAAACUUUAAAAAUCAAUUACACAGAUUUUGAAUUUUUCUCACCCCUGGUUGCGAUGUUGACAUGUAGUUACUGUAAGACUGGUUUGAGCUCAAAUCCUCUUUUUCAAAGUUAUCAGGGGGUUCAUGUUUUCUAUGAUUGACACUUGAUUCAGCCAAUGGUAGGGUGACCAUGUUCUGACUUCCCAAAAAGAGGACACAACUACGUGGGAGCGCAGUCAUGGUGUUGCACAAAGUUAAUUUUGAGAGUUUUCAGGUUGGAACGAGUGUCUCUUACACGCUUCUAACUCAGUAAGUCCACCUGACACAAACUGGCAACUUACACACAAAACCGCAGACAUUAGAGGGAUUUUAUGAACUUCCCGGACAAAACUAGACAAACCCGGACAGCCCCCAAAGAAGAGGACAUGUCCGGGUCACACAUGGUCACCCUAGUGUAUGGACGCACGAAGAUUGCGUAGCUCACCCGGGGUAUACGCUGUUUGAGCCGAGCGUCAUCACAGCAACUCUCCUGCCGAAUGUGUACAACGCCACUACGCAAGUGGUGAUUCCAGGAAGUGGAGAAAAUCCUGGAAAUACCGAGAGCUAUUUGGUGUCAAGUUGGUAUAAUGACAGAAGGCAGAGCCAAGUUGUCCAUAGUAUAUACAGUCUAUGGUGCUGACCAACAAGGGUGAUAAUGUACAGUCAUUUAAACACACACACACAUUACUGGAGCUUGUAUUGGUAUGUGAAAUAUUACACACUGUAGCUAAAUCUAGAUCAAAUAUUGUCCUUUCACAAGGCAGCAAAUAUCGAUAAUUUGGAGGAGAGGAGAGUAAAAAUAGAAGAAAAUGGCUGUGGUAGGAAGACUAAGUCCCUCCACCUGUGUUGGUGUCUAGAGCUAAAGCACCUGUGUGAGAUGAAGCCCAUUACAGAGACGUUACAUGGCCGUUUCCACAGAGGAAAGACCACAAGUGGCCAAUUAGGUAAUUAGAGCAACUUAUUCCUCUCAGUCCUCCUUUUCCAUCUUCUAGACUAGCGCAGAAAUCAGAAGCUCCUGCAUGAAAAAACAGAAUUGUGUGCACGUAAGGCGCAGCUGGACACAGAGGAAAAGAAUGAGGGCUCAGGGUAGGAGACAAAGUAUGUCAUUUGUCUCUGUCAGCACACCGCAGGAUUUGUUUACUCUCUUAACCCAAGCCAUUACUACAGCAGACAGAGGAGAGUAAUUACAUCUGCAUGCAUCUGGAUUUGCUGCACGCACUCACAACUGGCCAUUUGUGGAACCAAAUUACACUUCAGUCUUAAUUUUAAGUGUACAGUCUUUCUCAUUUGGUAUAAUUUUGUCUUUUUGAGAGCACUGCGUCUUAAACUUGUGUUACAGUGUGUACACAGCCGGUGCCAAAGGAUGAAAUAUCCUGACCUGGGUGUUGUGUUGAUUAAACCUUUGGGAUUUCUUGUCUCCACUCUGUACAAGUGAAAGGGAGAGUAGAAGCUUGAAUCUAUGGAGCCAUACCAUUAUCCACAUAGACCACAAGUACACACUGUAAAUUUGAGACUAAUCUGGCCCAAUUUGACUCACAAGGAUGGUUUUGAAUUGCUUCAUGACAGCUUGAUCUCACAUUGUGGUAAAUGGUAAAAUGGUAUCUGUGAGCAUAACAGAAAUUACACUAAGAGGACUUCACAAGCUCAUAAAAUAACGUGAACAUUUGGUUGUGACGCAGAGUUUUGAAGUCCAUUGGCGGUCAAAGGUGGGUCUUUACCCCCAAUUUCCACCACAUCCAGAACGGCUACAAAAAGGGGCUAUCCGCCGAUCGUAGCUGAUCGUAACCACUCAAAAUAAUGUGUCAGUUUCCACCGGCUUCAUUCUGUUCUGCUGUGGAUCGCCGGACUCCACAGCUGAUCACAAGAGUUCUAUUUUUUCCGGACACCGGAGCAUGCUGUAUAAAUUGAGCAGAGAUUAACCCGUGCUGGAAAGGAAGUCGAGCACAGACACAAAAUAAAACAUCCGGCUACUUUUCAAAAUAAAACACUCCCUGUUUCAGGCAGAUCAUAUUUCACACCAUGCAAACGUACAGAGACGAACGAGUGAAAGGUUUUUAGACAGCAUGUCCCCCUGAUCACACCAUGGAUGAGGAGAUGCUGAUUCUAGAAGUCUAGAAGUAGAUUUCCUCCUCUGGAUGGACACUCUACUGCUUUUAUGGUUAGCCUAUGUGGCUAAAAGAAACUUGUUAUCGUGCGAUUACACGUGAAUCCGUAGGUUCUUGUGAGUUCUCACGAUUACUGCUGUCUGUAAUCUGCCACAAAAUUCGUCUCACAAACGGAUCCGGUAGGAGUUGGCAUAUGGCGAAAAUCACCGCCGUUCCGGAUCAGAGCCGUUCCAGAUGCGGUGGAAUUCCCGGGUUAGCCUUCCAACAAAUGGCGCCCACCUGUCAGUCAAAUCAGUCCUUGUAACUUCAAUGGCUUCUGAAUCAGAUAUGUUACCAACAAGUUGGUUUCUGUUUCUUCUUCAACCAGACUCUUGCUGGAAUCUGUGGCUUCAGAACUUCUGCGUCAACUUGAUUGCGGAAAAUCUUUGGGAGAUCUUUUGGUCUUUUCAAAAGUUUUAUUUUUAGAUAAUUUUUUAAUUAAGUUAAUUUUUCAAUUGCACAGUUUGUGUCAGGCGUUGCACAGGGUCAUGGGUAGCUGGAGAAGAGAGGUCUCUCCACAUCGAGUCUGUUUAUUUUCUGACAUGUUUUACAGGUUCAUAAUCUGAUAGAAACAUCACACAUGGAAACUUUGCACAUUGAGUCUGGUGUGUUUAUUUUUCUGUUAAUUUGCAAAAAUUCCAUUAACAGUUUAAUAGAGGGGUCAGGAUGAUCAUAUGGUUCUUUUAUUUCACUCAAUAAAAAAAGAAAAGGAGACACUGAAUCCAUCCAGUCCUGAUAAAAAGACAGAGCAGGGAGAGUUUUACCUGCUGAGGAACUGCAGAAUUGUCUCUUCCAGGUACUGAAAAUCGACAAGGACACAUCGAUCCGUGGAAACUAAGAGAUUAGUGUUGUCCACUUUUUCUCAUUCAGAAACCUCUGUCAGCACAUCCAACGGAUGCAAAAAAUGUAGAAAAUCAAACUUGAUCUGACAAAAGUAAUGAUGGAUGAAAGUUUCAGAGAUUUCCUAUUUCUUCUUAAUCAUGCAACAAUUUCCAUGCUAAUAGGUGUUUACCGACAGGGAGGGGAGCACAGAGAGAAAACACGAGGGCGGGAAAAGCUUUUGGUAAAACCAGGAAACUAAUGGUUGAAGGAGAGACAAGAAAACGUUAAAAUAAAUUAAAUUUAUCAGCAUUUCUAAUCAAAUUUGGCUCCACAUAUAAUAUAGAGAAGGCUGAGGGGGACAUAUAAAGUGAGGUGUAUAUUUUGUGCACUCCUUUACAUGUCAAACAUACAGCAGAAUAAACUCAAACAUGUGAUUGUCAAGAUUGGUGAUGCCUGGAAAACUUUUAAUGACUCUUUCAGCACCGAUGCAUUAUUUUGAUAUGUGCCGAUUUGAUCUGUCUGCGAUUAGAGUCAAAGUUUCUCCAGGUAUUACCCUGCACCUUUAAUUAAAGUCACUCUGAAUGGUUGCAGAUAUAGCAUAUGUUAAAGCUGAUAAACUUGGUAGCUCAAACUUAUUAUUUUCAUUUCAUCCAGUGGACAGAGGGAGAUGUUAUCCAGCCUGAGCAUUGAUGCUCACUGAAACACACCAAUUAAAACCCACACUGACGCUGAGCAUGCUAGCUUGCCUGUCUGCUGUGCGAGGAGGUGUAUCAAAGAAUAAUAGGAGAUGAGACUUGUUUUCCCUCGCCUUUUCCUUUUCCCGCCCGGGCCCCGUGACACUCGCUGAUAAAUAAUGGAACUCAAAUGCAGCCCGAGGCAGCAGAGAACACAGCAGCUCCCUAAAAAUCACGGCUCAGAUCAAAGGAUUAGCUGUGGAAAUGUAUGCACCGGGAAAAGUAAUGACCAUGUGCUUUGGUUGUGCGAGCGCGUGGGUGUGUGUUUAUCACAGAACUGUUCAUCUGAGAGAAAGACAGUGAAGAUGACAAAUAACAGAGUUUAAUGCAAAUUUAAGGUGCACAAGCUGAAUAAAUUGAGUCACGACUGAUCUUAUUGUGUUGUUGCAUCAGCCUGUUCUCAUAUUCUUCUUAAAUGAAACAUAAGAUGAAGAUUUUCAUGUGUGAUAGUCAUCGUGGAGUUAGGCAGGUAAAGUUUGUGUGUUGUGGUGGGAUUAGAGAUACCUGUCAGUGAGGUACCAAGCAUAAGAUCCGGUUGGAAAACCUUUGAUAGUUGUUUAGUUUGUCUUCAAACUUCAUCUGGGGUGUCAAAAACCCAUGAAUCAAAUUAAAAGUAUUUUUUUAAACUUGCAUAAAUAAAAACAGCCCCUCUUUUUCUUUUUGAAGGUCCUUUAUUUUUGUUCAUGUACAUUUCUUACAUACAUACAGAUUGAACAUUCGAAAGACAACCAUGAGUUGUCAGGCGUUAGAUGGAGUCCCCAUGUCCAAUCGUUGCCCUUAUAACUCCCCUUCAAAAACUGUCACUUAGGACUUUUACAGUUACGUUGAUCUAUGGUUAUGGAAAUUUAACUGGACAACCGUCCUUGUCCCAGUUUACAAACACAAGGAAAGAAGUGAAUUUUGGUUCAAAGCGUCCUUUCAGCUCAUUUACUACUUGGUCGUGUCCAAGUUAACCUUUUAUGAACUAAAACAAUAAAAAAAAAUGAGUUAGCAAGUGGCUUACAAGGUACACAUUGAAUCAUUUGUCUCAUUUUUUAUGAUAGUUUUGUCUCUUCUACAUCCUUCCCUCGUCUUUCAAAGUUUGUUUACCACCCAGUUUCCUGGUAACGCGUUUACCACAUUUGACCUCCAUGCCAAAGCAAGUUUUUGAGCGUUUGCAGAAAAUUAAAGCGAAUUUCGGUCCAUUGGGAGAGCAUACACGACAGAUAAAACCGAUCCCCAACUACAUUAAUGUUACUCCAGCCACGAGAAGUUUGAUUUAGUGCGAUGUCAGUCGGAUUGAUGUGUUCACUUUUGUUUGAAAAGUUCAGUUUCAGUCAAACUACGACCAAUUCUUUGAACAAGAUGUAACUAUUGUGUCAGGGGCUGCGUCCAUGUUACGCAGUUUAUUACAUCGUUUUUUUGCCUCUAAAUCACUGACCUCACAAUCAUGAUUAGUAUGACGAUCGAGAUCAGAUUACGAAUAGGACGCCUGCUGUAUUGUGCUUUCUUUGUCCUAAACAAUAACUGAAGCGUUCUCUCCAUCUUCCCUUACGUUGCUCUCACUUUUACUUUACCCUUUGUAGAUUAGAUGGAAAGUUUGGGAGCACAGAGAAGUUGCCGAUCCCUAAAAUGAAACAUGUAAAGACAAGGGGGUCAAGAUUUUUGUCCUCACCUCAUCUGGUCGACAAAAGCAGCAUGUGGCAAGGAGGAAUCUCAUUUCUUAACUUUAAACCCAAUUAACUCAAGAAUAUUCAAAAAUGUACAAUUCAGAGCAACAAUUCAGUCAGACCCACGUCCUACAUUUCUUACCACAAGGUAAUAUACAAUCAUUUUAUGAAUAAGAGGGAGCGAAGUAAUCCAAUAUAAAACAUUCUUCAAAAACUGGAUUAGGAAGAGUGGCACACACAAGACUGCAGAGCAAAGAUAUAGAUUAAUAACACAGUAACUCUGAGUAUUGUGUUAACCCUGGUGCUCAAACUUUACGGUUUAAUAUACCAAAGUUUUUCAUUCUUAUAAAAUAAAACGAUAACAUAAAAUAUGAGCUCUGAGCAAGCACACUGUUCCUUAUGGUUUAUGCCCCGUACCAAGACUGGUAAGGGGUUUAAAGCUUUCUCUGGGUGUAUAUCACAUAUUGAAAAUGAAAAGUUGUGUUUUAAACUAAAUUAUUUACAGUUCUAAUAUUUUUCACCCUGUUUUAACUUUAAACUUGAUAUAAAACUGCUGGAUUUUGCUGUUUUUUUUCGAAGCUCAGAGGCUGAGGGUGUUUUCAUCUUAGAUUCACGGUCAGAGAGGACCACAGGGAAGAUAAAAGUGGCGGCCAGGUUGACAGAGUAUUUGUAGCUCCUGACUCCCCUCUCAAAUCAUUUCCAGUUUUUGGAUUUAGGUUUCCACUUCAGUAGGAGGCUGUUUUCUUUCCUUUUUUUUCUUCUUUUUUUAACCUUACAGGUUUCAAGCCUUAGGUGGGCUUGCCAAGGUACAGGCUGCACUGAGUCACACUUGUGAUAAACAGACAAACAGGAUGAUAUGAAAAAUGUACAAGGCUAUCAACGGGUAGGAGGUUUUCAGCUGGUGACUCACAUCAGAGGUGACUGACAGCAUGAAGUCUCUAAGAUGCAGAAUCUAAGAUUGAACUGAGACUAAAGCUGAUAAAAUGGUCAUUAUCAUUAGUCUGGUAACCAGUCUGUUGAUUAUACUUAAGUGUCAGACCUUAUUGCUGCUAUUUAUGAAUUAUCAAGGGCAGCCUUAUAAAACAUCCUUAUCUGCAGAGCUAUUUAUAACAGAUUCGGGCAGGAUAAUGAUGCAGAGCAAAAUGCUACUUUAAAGUGGUUAUCGCCCAAACUGAAGCAAAGAGUUCAGAGAAAGUUUCGUGAAAUAUGCAGCCGUCCUUUUGUAGAAACCAGUUCAAAAGAGAGAAAUCAGAGAGAGCGUGGGUGCUACAAAAAUUCACAAAAUAAUGAUACCGAGUUUUGCAUCAAAUAUGCACUUAUGAUCAAGUUAAUAUCAAGUGCAUCAUCAGCCGUAUACGAAGAACUGUUGUGGCUGAAUAUCCAGUCAGACUGUUUUUUUCAUCAGAUGAAGUCUCUUCUGUUACACACAAUGUUUAAACUGUUUCCCUGAACUCCUACAAAUGCUGCACAAGUUCAGUUUUAUUGCAGCAGUCAUAAAGUCGAUGUGAAUUAGAGAAGACAAAAGUCUGUGUUGGGUUGUAACUGCACAUAAGCGCUCUAGUUAAUUAAUAACGAUGUAAAUAAGUUCCUGCUAACCGAGACAGAUUUAUGUGCAUGUCUGAGCUCUUCGGAUAAAUUCAUCUCACAGCUCAGUGCUGUUAACAGAAUUUUUCAAGAGAUUGAGGGUUUAACCAACAAGAAAAUGAAGCAUGUUAAAAAUUAAUUUCAAGUUGUUGCUUCUUUUUCGCUGUUGGGAUUCCCCUCCUCUGAACAGUGCACUGAAUAAACUUAACAGACUGAUGGUGAUGACAGUGAUAUGCAGUGAAGUUUCGAUAUAUUAAUGCUGAAAUAUGAAAACAGCUAGUCUACUGCAAUAUUGUUAAUUAUGUAUUACCAUUAAAUAUCUAUAAAUAUGAUUAUUUCUAUUUAAUUUGAGAGGCUAAACUAAUGGAUAAUUACAAAAUAGAUGAGUGUGUCCAGCUUAAGUGUUUUUUACAAAGUAAUGGAUGAAUUAUCUGUGAACUAAGGGAAGCUAAUGACGAUCUAAGGCUAUUCUGCCGUUUAUAUUUGAAUGUAUUUUUCUGUCUUUACUGUUGGAGUCUUCAUUGUCAGUUUGUCUUAAAGCCCCAUGAGGAUCUUUCAAUUUAAGUCAAUGUUGGUGCCCCCCGUGGUCAAAACUGUCUUUACCUAUCACGUCUUCCUCAUUCUGAAGUAGCAGUUUUAAAAAAAAUAAUAAAAAAUCCCAUCAUGCUGACUUUUUACAACCUAAUGUAUUAUUAACAGUGGAUUUUUUACAUGGGAAUUGUGAAAACAGUUUCUCUUCAACAACCUUUAGCUGCUCGGCUAACACCUUCCCCCUCACUCCAACUAAGGACAUAAAAAAAAAAAACAUAAUGUCAUAAAAAUUGUCAAUCUUGUCGCUGAUGGCGGUGUUUGCUUUUCGAUGUCAUAAAAAGGAAGUGAUAUGAAUUUCAAUCUAUUUUAUGAUCAUAAAAAAAAAAAAAAUUCACAGGAAUUUUAAGGAGUCCAAAAACAGAAAGUUAACAUCUGGAGUACCCCAAGUAUCUAUACUCGGUCCCCUGCUUUUCCAUGAUAUACUGCUUAAACAUUAGGUAUUAAAUUUGUACCCUUUGUAAACUUUUAUCAUUUAUUAUGUUGUAGGUAUGCGCUUCUGAUAUAGAGUCUUAAUUAAACCAAGUCCUUAUGCUUGUUUAGUGGACUACAGUAGAAAUAUGUGAAGACAGGAAACAGCAGACAAACCAGGAUAGCAGGUGAAUUUACUGACACAGACUUACAAACAGUUUCUGAGUGAACAAGAAUGCACUGCACAGUCUCAGCCUGGUGUAUACUUGGUAAAACACUGUCAAAAAUCAUAUCCUUGUCCAUAAAAUUCAGUGUGCUCAUAUUUUGGAAGUAAACUUUUACCGUCAACUUGAAAGUUGUUGAAUAAAAGAGGAGAAAAGAAACUAAAAAGUUCAAGUUAAAAUAUUUCGUGAAACUUGAGACAACAGCGACGUUAUUGGACAGGAUGGUGUUGUGAUAUUAAAGCCAGGCAACUGUGUCAAAGCUGUAGCGUAAAAAAACAACUCCAACAACUACACUGAUAGUUUUUCACUGCACUCUUAACUUGUUUCAACAACACUGCUUAAUUUCUUUAGAAAAAUCUAAUUCAGUGAGCGUGUGCCAUAAAGAAGUGUGUUUUUCAGACUAAAUGCUACCCCAUGUGACGACCUGGUCUACAUUUUAAUUUCAUUUUCAUCCCUUUGAAUUUAAAAUAGACAGAAAAUGGAUUAAAAGUGUGAGAGUGGAGUAGUUUAAUCCCCAAAUUAUCUCUCCAGCCUCCCAGAAGAUGUUCUGUUAAUCAUUUAGUGGUAUUUGGCAGGGCCUGGUUUGUUUGGAAUUAAUAAACAGGGAGCUCUACAAAAAAAUAUCUCGGAUACAAGAUGUUAUUACUGUGAGUGUUUUCCAUAACAUGAAGAAGGAGGGAUGUUGAGGAUUCUGCUAGCUGAAAAAUUACAUUAUUCAUCUUCUGCUUUUUCUUUUUUGGCAGUUUUAAUCGGUUCAGAUGGAUGAAUUCUGCUGAGUUAUUGGCAAUCUCCUCUUUGGCUACGUUUUCUGUUUUUAGUCUAUGUAAUUGCGUUUAUUUUUGACUUGCCAAGAGUAAUAAAUGAACAGGAAUUUAAUUUGGCAGAACAUAGUGCUAAAACAAAUAUAAUGAAUUGACAUAAUCUGUCAUCCAGUAAGUGUCAGGUAAAGUCAGCAGUAAAAGGAGGAGCACUCUUUUUCCUCAGAGAAGUGCACUCAUGAUAAUGUCAGUGAAUAUUUGAGGAUGGGUUGUUGACCUUUGGGUGUGGAAAAUUAUCCCUGCAGCAUGAAAAUAAGAAAAUUUACAAACUAAAACAACAAAAUGCCAAUUAGAAGAUGGAAAUGUAAUCGUUUUGGCAAAGAGAAGAAACAGUCCAACAUGUGGAAGGGACGUAGGUAACAAAGAUUUGGAUCUAGCUCCGAUUCAGGAUUCUCAGUUUGUUAUUUAACCUUAAAUAAAGGGGUCUAUCCAAAAUCUCAGACUGUGACUCUCUCUCUCUCUCCUUUACUCAAGACCAUUGAAAUGAGUGUUUUGUUGAUUUGAAAUAUGUACCUUUUUUGCUCUCUGUUCUCCUCUUAAGCCUUUGAUUUGCAUCUGUUGUCUCAUUGUUUACAUUCCCGAGCAGUUUGCAACCAGCUGAAAGGUACAAAAUGAACAGCCUCGCUCAGAUAAUGGAGGUGACUCAUGCUGCACAGGAUGAACCAACUGAGAGCUGCAGCAACCCUUCCUGCUUUAACUACCUGUAGACCUCACUGCAUGACUGAAGUUUCAUCAUUACACCAAUCGAUCAAUCAAUAAUCAAUCAAUCAAUCAAGUAAGCGAGCAAAGAGACGAAACAUGGGAUAGAUGAAAGCUCCUGUGGAGGACUUUCUGUCUGUAUUUAAAACCACCUACAAUACCAGCAGUAUGAACUGAUUUGGCUGAGACAUAAUAUGCAGCAUGUCAACAAAGGGGGAUUAUAAAUGUAUAAAAGCAUAAUCUAUCAUAAUUAUCCAUCCUUUACUCUCAUGCAAAAUGUACAUUUAUAGAAUAGAAUAGAAUAUAGAAUAGAAUAUUCCUUUAUUGAUCCCCAUGGGGGAAAUUUUUUUGUCACAGCAGCAUCACAGACAAAGUGCAAAAAUGCAGUUAUAAAAAUAAAGAUUGCAUAUUAAGAACUUAAUUAAAUGUUAUAAUUAAGAAAAAAAAUUAGAAAAGGAAAAGAAGAGAAGAAAAUGAAAUAAAACUAUAUACAGUUUACACAAUUUAAGUACCAGAAAAGACGUGUAAUCAGCUGCAGUUAAAGCUACUGUAAGGAAAUCUGAGUCUGUGUUAGAUUGAUGUGGAUGAGGUUCAUCUCAUUCUUCUGAAAGACAUAUGAACUGACUGAAAAUCUUAACGUACCUACCCCCUUCACGGCUGUUAAAGGCACUUAAAAAUACGGUGUAGAAGUUUUCGUUCUAAUCAUUAAUGUCAAGUUUGCUUUAGUACCUCAUCAUUGUUCAUUUCAGUCUGUUUCACAACCCUUUAAAAACUCCCUGCAGGAGCUUUAAUGUUUUAUAUCAUAAGCAGAGACAGUAGACUUAAUUCUGAGACAUUUACAGUCAAAUAAGUUCUUGGUGUCACAGAUCUGUUAAUCAUCUCAUAGAUAACUGCUCAGUCCUGUGAAUCUCUUCAUAAAGAAAAUGUUGGUGGAUGCUACACUGUGGUGGUUUUGCCAUCAGCUGGAGUGUUGUUUGCUUCAGUUAAACAGGAAAAUAUGGCCUGGUAUACUGCUGAACAUCCAGCUGUCUUCUAAACAGUCAAAUUAUUCAAUUACUUUAUCAACUACUGUGGUAAAAGUCAAAUAAUAUAUAUAUUCAGCAUACUGCCAGUCAUCAGGUGUGACGCCUACACCCCUCGCAGCACUUUACUUGGAGCAGGCUAAAAAGAUAGUUUCGUCUGGUUUAUAGUAACCUUAUAAUCUCAGAGAGUAAAGGCAGAAAGUAGUAACUCAAAACAUUUGUGUUUUUCUCUGAGGCAGAGCUAAAAGUGAAGUGUCAGGGGAUCUGAAGAGCCUUUCUUGGGUAUAAAUUGAAAUUGUCUCUAAGAUGCAGUCUGAUGUCAGACCAUUCAGCGCUUUAUGAACUAAAAAAAAGGAUUUUAAAAUCAAUACAAGAAGUAAAGCGCAGCCAAAGGCUUAAAGAUGACACCUGAGGCAGCCGCACGAAUAUGGGAUAUAGAUAAAAGUUUAAGAGUGAGUAAGUACUGAGGAUUUUUAUUCAGAGCCAAUUUCCUCUCUGUGUAAAGAAAUACAAAAAUACAGCCCUUUGUACAUCUGUUUGUGCCAGCCAAGCUGAAAAUUCAACACUUUUCGACUCUAAUCUGAAUCAUUUAAGGAACAUUUAAAUAAAUCUGAGAGAUAACAGCUUCAGUUUCUCUUUGGCUUUUGCUUCUUGAGGGGUCAAAGGUCAUGAUAACCACUCCAAAAACUGGUCUUCACUGACCGUGGUUUGACUUUUCACCCGGUGCAAACACACAGCUGGACUCCUGGAGCUGAAGAAAUCAGUGGUGUGGUGAGAGGUGCAAAAAAAAUCACAUUUCUGAUCUCAGCGAACCAAAAUCAUGAAUGAUUUAACCAGAGAGGGAGGAAAACUCUUCGUUUCAGCCUGGUUUGGUUUCACUCUUUAGGGAUCCUUCAGCAGACCAGCUCUUUGGAUCUCUGACUCCUGAUCACAAGUCUUUUCUGACAAUAUUAACCUGCUCAUUUGUGUUUGCCUCUGCCAUGCUAAUCAUUAACAAGUGAUUAAAUCUGCUGUUAUCACAUUAGUGGAACAGUAGGCCGUGCUCCGUAUGGGGUUAAUAGAGAUUACAGUCAGCUGACAGCGAAGUGUUCUCUCUGACAGCAGUGUUUGGAUGUCUCGUUUUAAGCUGUGCAUUUGUUGUCAUUUUCACCAGUUUAACCACUAACAAGUGCAGCCUGCUGAGAGUGGUGAGAAAGAGAGUCCCUAAUAAUGUUGGAAAGCAUGAGUGAUAAAGAAGGGAACACUGCCACCUAGAGGAGACAUGGAGCUGUUUCUUGCAGCCAUUUUGUUCUGAAUGAAAUCACUAUAACGUUAAAAGCCAGGCUCAAACUAAGCUAAAGUUUCCUGCUUUAAGUUUUCUUUUCAUCUCCUUUUUCACCUCAGAAACAAUGACUGUGUGUGUUUCUAUCAUGCUUGAGUUUUCUUCAUGUAGCCGACUCCAGAUUAAAUUAUAGAAAGGAAAGUUGUCUCCUCUUCUCCAGGUCAUUCCUGGGUGCUCUCAGUGCAUGACUUCACACGCUGCACCCGCUGUGCUGCUGACCUCUCCGUCUCCCUGUAGUCCUCCGUGUCUGAAAGGUGCUGUGUGUUAGUUGAAGGCUCGGAUGUGGUUUGAUGCGGUGAACCGGCCCGUGGAGGCCUGAGGAAGCACCUCAUGGUGAGAAACGUCCAUCACAGCAAGAUUUCCUCGGAAAAGGCUGCAAAAAGUCAAUAUUUUUGUUUUUUUAAAUAUGAUUUAUUUUGUUUCCAGAGCAAUUUAUCUUAUGACAUGACUUUCCUUUAAUAUACAUUGACUUUUCCUGUAGUAUGUAGACUGUAAGGGCCAGGCUGAGUUGUCAAUAAAUGCAUCAAUAAGCGGUCAAAUAACUCAAUUCUCUGCAGUUAUUUGAGAUUUUUUCAUACACAGAUCAAAACAAGCCACUAAACAAUGACAUAAAAUCUUAAUUAUGAGAUUUAACCCCCAUGUGCUGUACACACGAGUUAUUGAUUAUCACUGCAAAACAUAUAAAACUCAGGACGCAGGUUUACCUCUUAUCUGAAAUCUAAUUUAAAGAUCCUGUGAGGAGUUUUUAGACAUAAAAAAAAACAGAAAUGAAUGACUUUUUAUGAUACACAGAAUCAAACACAACCAUCAGCGACAAGACUGAUGAUUUUUAUAUUUAAAAAUAUAAUGCCUGAAAUUGGUGUGAGGAGGUAGGUGUAAGUGGAGCAUGUGAAGCAAAAUCUGUAAGUACAAUUAUUAAAUGAUAUAUUCAGCUGUCAAAAGUCUGGAGGAUGUGAUUUUUUUGUCUAAAGACACUCCUCAAGCAUGUAGAAUAUAAUAUAUGCAAAGUCUGCUUUGUCCACAGGGGGCGCCAUAAUUGACACAAACCAAAAGUUCCUUAUAGGAUCUUUAAAGCAGUGAGUAUUACGAUCUUGAUUCUUGAUCAUAAAGACUUUUUGACUGUUUACUAUUAUUCAAAGUCCUCAGAUGUGAAAAAACAAGUGUGAGAAAAAUCCUGUUCAAACAACAAAUCUAUUUCAUAAAUGUUCCAUGUAACGCCUCUGUAGGCUGAGAGUAAGAGCUGGGGUGUGGGGCUCUAAAGGAUUUGACUUGGUCUGAACUUUUUAAAGAUCACAGGAAAGUCAAUAGUGAAUCAUUCAGAUACAAAAUGGUGCUUUUCUCAAGGGUUGAUUAUAAUUCUCUUUUAUUAUUUAGGAGUUACUUUUAUCCUAAACUACUGACAGGAACAACAUUUAAUUCCCAGAUUAUUCUUCACUUUCAAUAAAGGCAACCUGAAUGUUUGCAGCUCCACUAAGUCACAGCAUGUCCCUGAAAUGAUAAAGUAAGAUUGAAAAGCGUCUGAUACAAAGCAGAGAGAAGAAGACACAAGUCGUAUUUCUCAAAUGAUAUGCAGAAACACAUCCUCAGUGCACUAUACAUGCUAUAGAGUAUUCAGGUUUACUGAGGGCUGCAAAUGAGAUGCUUUAAAAAUAGCGUUAUUAGCAGUCAUCAGUUCCUGCCAAGCUCAUGGAGACAGACGUUGAAAUGUGACCCUGGCGCUGCAAGUACUUUUGAAAUCCCAGUUGCAUAGCAACGCAUCUCCAUCUGCAGUUAAGCUUCUCUCCACCAAAGAAACAACUGUCACUUUUGCUUCACACGCAUUUUUUUUAUACAAUAAAACUUUCCAUGAGAAAAACAUCAACACCAUUCUCUUUUUGAAGAGUAUGGGCAGAUUUCAUUUAUCUGUCUACUGAAAGACUGGGUGGAGAUCUAGUAUGUCCUUUUUUAUAUCCAUUGAAUUAUUAUUAUAAAGAAUUAAGACCCCCAAACUCUCCAAAGUUAAUGGUAAUUAUAUAUUUUAGCAAUAAGACAGAUUUUCUUUAAUUAAAAUGCCCUGAAAGUUACAUAAGUAUCCAAAAUGUAAAGAAGUCACAGAAGUGUUUGACAUUCUUCCCGGUAUUAAACUAAUUAUCCAUGGACUGGUCCUCAGUGUCAGCUCGUUGCUUUAUGCUUCACCUCUCAACGGCUGAAUGGACUCUUGAUUCUCAUUUAAUGAAGAAAAUCUCAUUUCACUUCAGACCUCAUGAAGUAUUCAUCAAACACCCGCUUUGACAGACAGAACGGCAGUUUAUGAACAAAGUGUGUUUUAAUAUCCUCCACCACUCCUUUUAUAUAUACAGAGAGAGAGGAAGAGAGAGAGAGAGAGAGAGAGAGAGAGUGCUAUGCAUUUCAAAUAUUCCCAUGAGCCAGGUUUAUGUGUGAGAGGGUACUUGCUCUGUAUGUGGACAGGUGCAUGCACAAAAAGACACAUACAUGCAUAAACAUUAUAAAGAAAGAGUAGGCUGAGCUUCCUGAGUAUCUCAUGUACAAAGGCCGACCAUGACCCUUUCAUCCUUCUCUCUUCAGCUUUUCUAUCUAAUGAAGCUGGAAAGCUGGAGACUAUUGAGAAAACAUUUCUGAAGUUAUAAAAGCAGUCGUGGUUCAAUGAAAUCUGUGGGUUGGAAGUAGUUUUUAAGUCUGUGUCUUCAUUUAUAACAGCUCUACAUCACUGUUUGACACUCAGUAUAUUACAUGCACAGUUAAGUAAAGCUACAACCAUGACGAUCACUGUCCUUGUCUCAGUUUACAAGAGAGAGAGAAUAAUUGACGGAGGCAUGUCCACCUCCACUACAGACGGUGGUGAUAUGCCCCCUUUCAGCUCUUUACAAUCAGGUCGUCUCCUGGUCAACAUAUUACGCAACAGAACAGUUAAUGUAACCAUUAGAAAGAGGCUAACAGGAUGUCUGUCAAACAAUGAUAACUUUGUCACUUUUACAGCUCCAUAUGUUAGGAAAAUUUCUAUUUUGUCUGUCCUUUCUUUGUCUGUACCGGUUUUGUUUGCUAACCAUCUUCUUAGAAACACACCCAUGCUGUUCAUCCUUCAGUGUGAACACUUUCAGUCCGAUUGAGCCAAAGACAAAAUCAAUCCCAGACCACAUUGUCUUGGGAUGUUAGUCCAACUUUAAAAGAUGUAAUUUAGUCAGACUAAUGUGUUUACUUCCAUCAUGUAAUUUUCUGUCCUGCUAAUGUACUUUAUUUAUAUGCAAAUUUAAUAGGACAAGAGAAAGCAGAUUGUUCUGUAUAAACGCACUGAACAGAACAGAUAGUUGGCCAAAAAAACCAGGUGUGUUAAUCUGAUUCUUCAUGAAUAAAUAAUGCCCUUAAUCUGAUAAAGAAUUUUGGAUUAUGCUGUAUAUAUAAACACUUAAAGCUCCUGUGAGGACCUUACAGUUUACAUAAUUUCUGGUGCCUCCACAGUUUGUAUAUUUUGUCCUCUACAUGCUUAGGUAGUGACUUUUGACAAAAAAAUGUCACACUGCUGACCCUUGACAGUCACACAUAUCAAUUACUGUGAUCAUGAAAACUGUAAAACUAGCUGCUCAGCUGACACCUACACCCUAAUGCCAGUUUCAGGCAUUAGAAAGUGAGAUGCGAAAAUCAUUAGUCUCACCACUGAUGGUCUUGUUUGCUUUUUUAUCCCGAGAAAGCAGCAGUGUGAAUUUCAGUUUAUUUUGUAAAUGUCAAAAAACUGCUAAUAAGAGCUUGAAGUAUCACAUAACUCCAGAGAUUAGAUACUUAUAAGCUUAUUUGUGUGCAUGUAAAUGUCACAAGCUGUAGAUAAUAUAAAAGUACAUUUAUGCAAAUCAUUACGGUGACUCAUACUCUGAGUGCAAGCAAAUGAAGUUAAAUGAGAUGGUGCAGAGAAAAAGAGAGACGACAGUGUUAUUCCAGCACUUCUUUUCUGGCAGACACUGUGCACGCACACUCUCUAAUACACGCACACUCACACUCACACACACCUGUGUUUGUACAUGACCUAAGUAAAGCUGUCCAAAUCCACAUUCUGAGGAUCCACUUUGGCUUCCCUCUGUGUGCCACACCUUACAGAGCGGAGCAUUUAUCUUGACACACCUUGACACCUCUCCCCCAGUGCUCAUCAGUUCCCUGGCCACGCCUGGAUGAUUAUCUAGUUCUUGGAGCUCUCACUGUACAGCAGCACUUUUUAUUUUUAAGCUGACAAACUGCAGGGCCUGUGUUGCUCGCUCCAUUGAGUUUGUGCUGAGUUCAGUCUCUGAGGUUUCAUCGUACAAAAAACCCUUAAAGGAUGUUUAAGAGCGUACUGUCUGCCCUUUCUUUGUGCUCAGUUGCGGCAGAUGUCACUGUCUCAAUCUUCCAGAAAACAAGAUAAAGAAGAGAUUUGAGGGCGUGUGUGUGGGCACAUCAAUAAUUCAAAGUUUUCAAGUUCAAACUGGUGCACAAAGAAAAGCAGGGACAACAGUAACAGUCCAUCAGUACAAAGAGAAAGUGAAGGACGAGAAGUGAAUGGGAGGGUAAAAAUAUCACAGAACAAAUUGGCUUUGGUGCUGUUUACUCUCUGAAAACAUGGCCAGCAGGACUGAAGCCAAACUUAUACAAUAUUUCAUAACAGGAGUAGAGUGGAUAAAGUGGGAUUCAAUGUACCGAACUACUUGCUUUGCAUUUGUCAAACUCUUACAUAAACUUUAGUCUGUGUUUCUAUUGAUUUUCUAUUGAGAUUUACCACUUCUUCACUUUAAAAUGUCAAAACAAGAUGUUGGAGUGCUAGAGUGGUGCAUUUACUGAUUUGUUUUGCCAUCAUUUACUAACUCUAUAUGUGUAGGUGCAUGUAUUAAUGUUUGCUCAACAGACAGGGGUGUCUCCAGGUGGAACUCCAGGGGUGGCACAGGCCCCCUUAGAGUCUAAUCGCCCAUCCAAGGUGCCACCCCAAAAUCCUAAACUGUAACUGUCUUUUGUCCUUGUAGAGAGUUGGGCUAAUGUUAAAGUUAACUUGGAUUUUGUUCAAACAGGAGGCUUGUAGCUUCCUCUGCAAAUAAAGCAAAAUACAUGAACAGAAUCAUGGAGAUUAUACACUUAAAUAUUUAUCAAUUCCUUUAUUAUAUUGUGCGUUAUGUGAAAGCUGUGUUGUAUGCACAGUAUCCUAAGCUCUAUGUUGCACAAGCACAUCAACCUAACAUCCUCUUUACUUUGUAAGAGUCACGUGAAGUCUGUCUGACUCUAUCUGAGUUUCCAUGUGUUGUACUGAAGCAGAAAAACAUUUCCUUAAUCUGAACUAUGUGUGUUUUAUCAGACAACAUGGCAUGCUGCCUGCGCUCUCAUCUUUAAUAUCUGCAGACACGUCAAGGCCAAGUUUUGCCUUUGUCCCAGGAUACUGUAGAUCCUGAGGCAGGAGGGAAGGAAUGUAAGAGAGCACAAUCCAGUUUUCAACAACCUGGAGUGAAUUACUUUAUAAUUUGUUGGAUGACAUCCAGCUUCAAGUGCUCCACUUCCCUUGGAGCCAGUCAGAAAGAGAGAGCAGCUUCAGAUUUUAAUGCAGGUUAUUGCUGAGUGUUGCUUUUUUGAAGGAGGGCAGGUCUGUACACUUGGCCGGAGAACAUGGAGUCUAUCUAUUUUUAUCUUGGCCGACAGAAGGGUUUCUGGGUGGUAAAACUGCAGAGCAAACAAGUUGCCGCAAUUACGCAAACUAGCCAUGCAGAAAAUCUUUUGACAAUAAUGCAAAUGAUUCCUCCUUUGAAUUUUUUUCUCUCCUGAUUGAGCACAUAAAUGAACAUUUUAGAGAUAUGGAAAGCAGUCAGGUAGACUUGGCCAUGAGGUUACAUCUGGCACUUGUAUUCAACCUAGGAUGAUGGUUCAAUGAAUCAAGUUAGGAAGGCAUAUGAAAGGCAGUUUAAGGAGCUUGAACUCACAGUCUGAUGUUAAAUACAGAAUAGAUGCAUUACUUCUUUUUUUGACAUGCUACAAAAGUUAUAGGGGUUUGCAUUUCUACAAUAAACAAAGUAUACUAGCUUCACACCAAUGAGUUUAAACAAUAUAAAGGCACUGACAAAUUCCAAGGUAAGAGAAAAAUAAGGAAAGUGUUGCUAAAGUUGAGGCAUGUUUGUACAAUUUCACCUCAUGGAAGUCUUAAAACACAAUCUGGACUGUUUUAAGACAAUUUUCUUAACAGAAAAAAGUUAAUAACUUAAAUAACUUAAAGUUAUUUUAUAUUGACUUUUGUUGUUGUUGUUUUUGUUGUUGUUGUUUUGUUAUUUUCACUGUGAUGAUUAUUUUUAUUGCUAUUAUUAUUGUGAUGAUGAAUAUUAUUAUAUAAUAUUAUGAUAUAUAUUUAAACCAUUAGUGUAGGAGAAGGGGUGGGACUAGCUAAGUCUCGACUUCUUCCCACUCCUUUUUGAGCUUGAAUAACUUUUUGUCAUUUGUUGUUGUAUUCUUUACUUUUUUAUUGUUAUUUUUUAAUAUGUUCAAAUAAACUUCAAUCAAAAAAAGAAAUGUAUUUACCUAAAUUUUCUGUUUAACCUUAGGUUAAGUGUUAUAUAGUGGAUAUAUAUUCAAGACAAAAGUUACAGUUUACCUGUAAUUUACAUUUAAAGUUAGGGUGACUGUGAAAAUGAUGCUUUUCUGUGAAGCCCUUUGUACACUUUUCCUCCUCAAAAUGUGUGAAAUUUUGUACUUUUGUAAUUUUGUUGCUUUGCUUUGUUCUGUUCCUCUUCUUUGGCACUGUCAUAGUCACAAAUUACAUUUUGCUAUCGAUUGCCACAAAAUUCCUUGAGUGAAAGGGCGAUAAAAAACAAAACAAAACACAAAAAUCCCAUAAAAACUGUAGCAGAUAAGUCAGGAUCAUAAAAACCUCUUUAGAGAAGGUAUAUUAUACUCAAUGUUAUAGAAAAAAAAUGCCUUUCUUUCUUCUGAAUUGAGCCAAAGUUCAUGGAAAAGCUGUUUUAUGGAUCACAUCAUCUUAACUGCUUAGUGCUGGCUGCAAAUUCAUGAAUGGUACUCUAGCGCCCUCUAGUGGAUAAAACAAAAAACAACUCUCUCAUUAAAAUUGAAAAGGGAAUGGAGCGUUUGAUGAUUAGUAGUUUUAUUUAUUUAAAACUAUUUAUUUGUUGGUAUCAUUUUUUAUCACAAUGCAAAAACGAAGUAAAUAAGUAAAUGAAUAAAAUUAGAUGGGCCAGUCUCCCCACAUUUAUAAUUUGUUGGGGAGAUGAGACAUGACUUAAAAAAUUACUUUCAACACAUGAAAGAAAUCAAAUUAACUUGAACAGAAUUAGGUAUAUUUCUUAGUUAUAAAACUGAUGUAAAAAUAAAAGUUCUGUGAAAAUAAUAAAGAUUGAUUUGCUUGUAUCAGGGUUAACUUCAUAAUGAAUAGAACGAUAGUUGGUCUAGUCAAAGAGAACUUGAUAAAAUAUGUUAAAACUAUUUCAUAUUACUAUCUUUUAAUCCUAAAUUUUGACAGCACCUUUAGAUUUUUCCUUAAAUAUGUAAGCAGACAAUCAAUGAAAUUAAUAAAAUAUGACAAAUCUACAGACUGCCUGAAUAUGUAGGUGAGUGUAUGAAUAAAAUUGAGUAUGAAUUUAAUAUAAACUGCUUAAUGAUGAAUUAAACUCAUUAAAUAACAGUGAAAAGGAUAAACUCCAUUUUGCGUUUUGUGUUUUAUUGCGCUAGUGCAGUUCCCACUUCCGGAUACAAAGCCUCCCACGCAUGCGCAAAAUUAAAUCUUAUGGCGGGGAAUCAGGACGACAACAAACUUUUCCGCCUCUUGUCUGCUGCAAACUGAAGAAGAGCUCCUAAACUCUUAACCUCAAGAUGGUUGAAGGUCCAGGGUGCACGUUAAACGGAGAGAAAGUCCGAGCCAAAGUCCAGAAAGGACAGAAGCUGAAGGAAAUGAGAGGCAGUUUGAUAACGUCCACGGUGAGUCGCGUUAAAUCGUGUUAUAACCGGCCAACGUUAGAAAACUAUCACUGUCUAAUGUAAGAAAAAAAACUGCUGUAGUUUCACUGAGUGAGACUUUCAUCUGGCCUCACACCUGUGUUUACCUCUGCAGUUAAAUGAGUCUGUUUGUGUCUCACUUUUAGAAAAACAGCCAACAGGGAGAUGCCCUCCAGCGUUUCAGUGGUUGUCAGUACACCGGGGUUGAAACUCUGGGCAAAGAGUUUUUCAUGUACUUUGGUUCAAAAGCAUUAAGGUAAGGCCAAAUGUACCUCUAAGUACACACAUCCAUACACUCUCAGUAAAUGUGGUCUUUCAGAGGAGGAUCCUCUUGUGUGUUCAGUCAUAGCAGAGGUGAAAAUCAGGUUGAAUCCUGCCUGCUGUCGGAUUAUAUAACCUGGUUUCAGAUCUCACCUUUAUAUUGAGUGAAAUGUUAUAUAAUGUGGGCUACCGCUGGCUCUAGUGGGGUCCUGAGCACAGUUUAAGUCUCCUUGGCUCACAACACACAUCAGACUUACCUGUAUAUCAAUUUUACUUCAAAGCAUGUCCCGCACAGGGGAGAGUGGGGUAAGAUGAGCCAUUUAUGGCAAUCAUAGUUUUGUCUCUAACUAGUGGAUCUGUAUAUAUUCCAAGGUGUUGUUCAUCCCUGCAAACCAACAGAAGGAGUGUAAACAGAACUGUCUCUCUACUACCCCUCCACUCUCCACCCCAGCCCUCCCUCACCUUCUCUCUCCCUAAAUAACAGUCACUUCUACACAUUCAUGUGUAUUUUUAUCUAUUAUACGCUAUUUAACUGGUACAAUAAUUCUUUUUAUUCUUUUAAAAGCUGUUUUGUCGUCGUUGUCGUUUUCUUCCGCUUCAUCCGGGUCCGGGUUGCAGGGGCAGCAGCUUUAGGAGGGAAGCCCAGACGGCCCUCACCCCAGCCACUUCCACCAGUCUCCGGGGGGAUUCCCAGGCGCUCCCAGGCCAGGCGAGAGAUAUAAUCCCUCCACCUGGUCCUGGGCCGGCCACCAGGUCUCCUCCCGGUGGGACAUGUCUGGAACACCUCUAACGGGAGGCGUCCAGAAGGCUUCCUAACCAGAUGCUGUUUUGUAAAAAGCCAUUUUAACAGGAGAAUGCCUUUACGUGCGCUUCGGAAGAUUCAAAUCAUUCACAGCUGUAUUUUUGAAUCUGAAUCUGAACUGAAACUCUGAUCCUCUCAUCCUCUACUAUUAUGACUUUAUUAGUCCUCUAAGCUAAAAUGGUGGACUCUUACGCUGGGUUUUUGACCUCAUGUUGUAGCUCAUAGAUACCACAAUUGACGUAUAAAACAAAUUAAAAAUGAUCUUUUUUGGUCUGAACACAAUUCUGAUAAAACUUAUGACAGACUGAAUUCACUUUCAAGAGUGAAAAAUGUUUUUUGUUUUUGGAAAUAAAUGUCUAACCUCUUCACCCAUGUGCUUCUAACCUUCACAGACUCCAUGAAUUGAUGCCCAUCUGUUAAAUAUUUGGUCACAUGAUCAAUUUCUUUUACCAUUUCUAAGAAACAGGGGGUGGCUCAACUUCCCCCACUCUCCCUCUCUCUUAUUCCUUUGUCUAACAGUCGUAUCACCACUUAUGUUAUGUAUCUUAUUUAGUUUUUCUUUAUUUGCAGUAUUUGCUGUGUCUGUGUAGCUUCAACAACUGAAUUUCUCUCUUGAGAUCAAUAAAUAAUUAUCUUAUUUUUACUCAACAGUCUCUUGGUGAGAAUAAGGUUUAGAGGGAGUUUAAAAAAACAUGAAUUUCUGAAUCACUAGCAAGCCAUCACUUAAUAAAAGAUAUUUUAGGAGGAAACUAACAGAAAGAAAUAGAUGUCUAAACAAAAAGAUAGAAGUUGAUUGAUCGUUUUAGAAAUGUUCACAAUAUCAGCGUGUCGGUACAGGCUUCUCUUCUCCUCCAGCUGACUCAGUGAUCUACAGGAAAACUGGAGGUUUUAGGUGCUGCAAAGUAUUUAAUCAACAAUGCUGACAAAUCUGCUGCCUUUACCUUAUAAUAGUUUAAGAAUCACAAUUUAUUCUCGUCCAGAUUUUGAUGGUUUUGCAAACCUUUCGAGGGCACAGUGCAUAGAAAUGGAAUUGGUGAUCCCAAACAGUCCGACUAGAUUUAAACGCUCUUUUGCACACAGCAAUUUCCACUCCUGUCUUUGUCUGUAUAUUCGUCCAUUAUUGCCACCAUAGAAACAUGACAGUGCAAGCUAGCAGCUUGAAUGGAAAGGGGGCUGCCAUAAGUAUGAAAUUCUCAUAAACUGACAAAAUAAAAGAACAUUUUAAGGUUUAUAUAAAUGCAAAGUACCUGCAUCUAUCAGUAGGUCUCUUCAUGUGUAGCAGUAUAGAGGGAAAGUCAAUAGAAAGAGUACUUAUGCCCAAAAUGACCAGCCAUGAUUGCGUGUUUUGGCUUGUACUGUAUAUUGAAUGCUUACAAAACAUAUUUUAGCACUCUAAAGCUUUAUGUGUGGCUCUUCUUGGACUUAACCGUGCCAGCUAUUGUUAGAAAGGAGCCUAGGAGAUUUCUAUUGAAGCCUGUGACAACUCUAAUGGAGCCUCCAACUCCAAGGCCACCUUUCUGUCCUUUUGUUGUCAGUCCUCAUUCACACACUGCGACAUGCUAUCUUUAAUUGGAAUUCGUCUUUUCUCUCUCCUUCUGUCUUUCAUGCGCACAUCUUUUCUCAGGGUCCACUUUGGUAUGAACGGAUCGAUGCGUAUAAACCCUGUUGUGAGGAAAGAGAGGACUGGCUCCUUACCGGUGCUGGAACUCCACCUGACUAACGACAUUGUGUGCUUCUAUGACAGCACUGUGGAAAUAAGGUAACGGGGACACCGGUGUAGCCUAGAUAGAUUGAGGUGACAGAGGUUCACCUUGGGCUUUGAGCUUCAUUCAGCGAGAGUGUCCUACAUUUGGCGGUGUCUGAGCACAGCGGCUAUUGUUGCAUGAAAAACACAGUCAUCUCGCCUCGACAUUUGUUCUGAUCAUUGACUGCAGGGUCCUGGUGUGCUGUUCAGUAGCCAGACAGACAUUUAUUUGACUGUCUGAAAUAUUCACCUGUGCUGCCCUACCCCAUAACAAACAAACUGGAUGGGAAUAAAUGAAAGAAACAAUUUUGAAUGCACCAGUUGACCUUGUGGCUCACAGCAACAGCAGUCAUAUAUUUUCUUAACACCUCUGGGAGAGUAAAACUGUGUUUCUUGCAGGUUAACAGAGGACUGCGAGCAAAGGGUAAAGGCCAUGGAGUGCCUGGAUGUUUGCUCUCCCAAAUUCAGCUUCCCUCGCUCGGAGGAGGCUGUGCGGAGCCAGAGAGGCAGGAUGCUCUGUGACGUGCUCCUAGAUCAGGCCGUCAUGCCGGGAGUCGGCAACAUCAUUAAAAACGAAGCCCUGUUUGACUCGGGCCUCCACCCAGCCGUGAAGGUAUGGAAAAGAUGAUGGAUUGUGUUCAGCAGAGGAACAAAGGAAAAAGUGGGUAAAAAAUGCAAGACAACUCUUGCUGAAAAAAAGUUUAAGCCCUUUGUAUUAUUGAGAGAUGCAUUGCAAUGAGGAGGGUGAAACAGCAGAGAAGACAAACAAGCGCAUUGCGGCACAGGUUUUUCUUCUUCCCUGUGCAGUUGGGAAAUGUUUUUCAUUCAUUUUUAUGAGUUUUUUUUGCUCUGGAAUAGGAUUUUUCCCACUCAUUUAUAUUUAUAAAAAGCAACUCACAAAUAGGUUGUGCUCCUAAUCUAGAAAUCGCAUCAGGGGAAAUGUGAAAAAUCCAAGGCCCCAUCACUCUCAGAGAGUAUUUUUCGUUAAACAAACCAUCAUGGAAAAGUGCGAUUUUGGAGUGAUCUAUCUACUGCCAACAAGACAUGCUUUGAGGCGUGAAUACUUCUAUUUCUCAAAUAUAACCAGGGCUCUUAGAGAGUACUAGAUGGGGUCCAAGAAUAUAGCACCCCCGACCAAAACAUUAAUCUAGGACUUUUGGCCCCUUCCUCUUUUGGGACCACUGAAUCUUUCCAAGCCUCUCCUCUAUUAUUGAGCUCCGAGCUGCACUGAAAGAGCGACAGGUGUUGGUGUGCUUUUGAUCCUUUUAACUCUCACUCAGCCGGAGUCAGGUCCUUGCUUCCCAGACUGCAGGUCUUUUGAAUUCAUUGUGAGUUUUUUUUUUUUUUUUUUCUCUCAUUUUAAAUCCAGUCUUUCAUUCAUGUCUGGUCUUUUUUUUUCUGCUUGUUGAUAUGCUUGUAUUAUUGAUUUGCUUGCUGUGAAGCUCCCUUCAUCUCUGUCUUAAAACGAGAAGCUACACAAAUAAGGUUUAUUUACUCUGUGGCUGUGCUCUGUAAGUAACUGUGCUGCUUUACUCUUAGGUCCACCAGCUGAGAGACGAGCAGAUCCAUCACUUGGUGAAGAUGACACGUGAUUUUACUCUUCUGUUUUACAAGGUUUGUAUAUCAAGUGCAAAAAAAAGAAACUGCAUUGUUUUUGGUCUGUGUUUGCAUAUUUAGAAAAAUGCCACUAAUGCAUUUGUACAUAUACUUUGAGGUUUUUAGCCAACACCUCAUUUAGGCUGCAUUUUAGUAUGGAUUAAUUUAAAAUCUCGCUCUGCUGAGGGAGGAGAGGUAAAAGCCAAAGCAGCUCUGCCCGGAGGAAAGACAAAACAAACAUUCCUGUCCAUGCAUAAUUGAAAAGUAAAGAGGAGGCGAAUGUUUUCUCUGCCUCUCUUUAUCCUCGUCUCUUCAUUCACUCUCCCCUCUAUCAGUGUCGCAAAUCUGGCUCCCCUCUCUACAAACAUUACAAAGUCUACAAGCGUCCCCAGUGCGGCCAGUGCUCUGAUGUCAUCACAGUCUGUCGUCUUGGAGACAACGGGAGGAUGACUUACUUCUGUGGGCGCUGUCAGAGAGCAGAUCCCAGCGGGGUUGACAUCAGGUAGACAUCCUCACAGGGUUUUGGCACUUUGACUGAAAAGCUGUUGUGUUGCAUUCAGGUUCAGCCUGGGUGCUGAUGCGCAAUAUGAAACAGGAGUAAGAUAAAAAAGGCACCUUUUUACUGUGCUCUUUUUCAGUGAAGAAAAAAGGAAUACAUCAUUUUUUAUCAUAUUUCUGGAAACAAAAACAUUGCACGGUGCACAUUUCAUUUCGACUUAAUGACGAUUCUUAUUUUUCUGAGAAAAUGUCCCUCUUUAACAGGCCUCUGGACUCUCCCUAAUUUGUUUGCUAAUCUAAUACCAAAAUGCGGCAAAGUAGAGCUGGAUGUGACUUCCCAACACCUCGUCUUUGCUGAAAGUUGUAAAUCCUUUUCAGAUAAUACGGUCAUAUUUGGAGAGGCCAUCUUUGCAGGCAGAUGGGCUUGGCAGGGAGUGGGAAGUGUUAUGAGGGGGGGAAAUUAAUGCGCAUAUAGGGCUGUGUUUGCCAGCCAGGGCACAGGCUCAACACCUCCUGGGUUGUGUUUGAGCAGAGCUUUGCGAGGGGUUAGAGCCUAAAGCCCUUACAACGCAUUACACAGCUGAUAAAGCAAUCUGCGAGGAAAGUUUCCCGAAAGCUGCUGCUACUCUCCUCCUGUGUGACUGUUGGCGUUGCAGAUUUGCGCUCUUGUCAAACAUAGUCAGGCUUCAUGUCAGAGCACUAACAUGUAUGCUCGGAGCAAUUAUAGGAAACACACCCCUCAUCCUCUGCUUGAACUGCAAAUGUUUGUGUGAUUCACGUUUCCUCUUUGCCAGUGUUUUUCAUAAUCCGUUUACAAUAAUAGCUUUUGAAUUAUUUAUGUUUAUAUCUCAUUUUUGCAUAUGCAGUUCCAAGCACUAAUUGCUUGUUAUAUAAGUAAUCAAGGAAACUUAUGUUAUGCACACAUUGCCAAUAAUUUUAGAAGUAAACCUCAGCCGAACUACAAGCUGUAAAAUAAUGAAAAUAAAAAGUUCAUUUUUAUAUGCCCAGACUUGACGGAGUUAUGAGCCAAAGCAAAUUAACACUCAGUUACUCAGUCAAAAGUGCGGUGUAACAAAAAGCUGUACCUGGCUCAUUUCAGCUGCUGGAACUGACUCUAAUAUGUAGUCUACCACUUUUUAAUAUGAAUUAGGUGGGGAAGAAUGCAACCCCUAAUCCUAAAGAGGUAGGACACAGGGUGAAAUGUUGACAAAAACAGAGUUUGACGGUUUGCAAAUCAGAGAUUAAAGGUAGUUUUAAAUUUGAUGCCAGCAACAUAUAAAAAAAGUGUGGAAAAGAACAAAUGCUCACUUAAAAAGAAGUGUAAUGUCAAAAGACACCUGGAGAAACAUCUCCCAACUCAUUACAUCAAUACUGAACAGGUUAGUUUUAUGAAUGGGUAUAAAAAGGGAAUUCUGGAGAGGGUGAUUUCCUCUUAAGUAAAGAUGGAAAUGUGAUCACUACUCUGUGUGAGAUCAGACGAGGAAAAAGUUCAGCAAUUCCCUAAAAAAAAAGUGUUCCUAAGAGUAAAAUUGGAAAGAAUUUGAGGAUUUUGUCAAUUAAGUACAUGACAUCUGGAAAAUUCUCCUUUCAAAAAGAGGAAGAAGAAUAUUUAUUAAUGGAUGGCUGUGAACUUCAGGCCUUCAGGUAGUUUUGGAUUGAAAACAGAUAUGACUGAAGUGGAAAUUACUGCAUGAGCCCCACAUCACCAAAAAUAUUCAGAGUACAGUUUGUUAAUGCAUCCACAAAUGUGAGUCAAAACUGUACCAUUCAGAGAGGUACUGGUAUAUACAGUUCUCAGCAUAAAUGAGAACACCCCUUCAGAGUUGUCAGAAAACCUUUAGUUUCCUUUUAAAAUCAACAUUUUCAUUUUUGCCAUCGAUUGCUAACAAGAUUUUUAAGUUGGAAACUAAGAAGUUUUUUUUUUUUUUUUUUCCAAUUUAUAAUAAUAAUAAUAAUGCAUCAGAUUUCAUAUAGCGUUUUAUCAGAGACCCUCAAAGCGCUUUACAUUGGAUACAUCAUUCAUUCGCUCACACAGUCACACUUUAAUUUAAAAUUAAAGAUGCAAAAAUGAGUACACCCCGAUCAAAGUUCUGGGAGCAAAGCUACAUUUUAGUUACCAUAUCACCCUUAUUUUUAUCUGAUGGUAAAUAAACAUGUUAUGUUAAACUCGGUUUUGUCAAAACUUUGGAAAUUGUGCUUUUGCUCAUCAAGAUAUUGAGUAAUCUUGAGAAAAGCUAGAGACUUUUAUCUGAGUUUAAGCCCGUCUAAGAUGGACUGAGGAGAAGUAGAAAAUUUUUUAAAUUUGAUAUACUCUUUGGAAACCAUGAAUCCCACAUCCUCCAAUUAGAACAGCAAAUGGACCCGUACAAAAGCCAGCAUCCCUGAUGGUAGAGGAUUAGAAAGUGCAUUAUAAAAUCAAAAAAUGUUUAUCCUUAAGGUACUGGGUUAAUAUAUGUGUCAAGCUUUAUUUAAUAUGUGCUAAAUACCUUUUAAUGCCAGUUUCAUCCAAACACUGAUUACCUGAGCUCUGUGCUUAUAUUAUAUUAUAUUAUAUUAUUCCCACUUCUUAGAGCAUGUUUUAUUCAUUCAUCUCACACGUUCAUUAGGAUGACUGUUGUCACUCUUGUAUGCCCUUCAUCUAGUAAGCUUCCCGUCAGGAACAGUCUGAUUGGCUGGGCCUACGGUGACAGAACCAAUGACAGCGUAGCUAAGAAGGAGGAAGAGGACUGGGCCUGUCAGCUCUGCACGCUCAUCAACCAGCCGGCAGCUAAAGCCUGUGAAGCCUGCCUCACUCCCAGACCUGAGGGUGAGUGAGUGUUUUUAUAUAUUUUUUUAUUUUCACAGUCACUGCAUGUAAUGGGGCGUCAGACCAUCCUUGUUAGCAAGAGAUGAAAUAAAAGCAGCUGUAGUUUGGCUGAAUGAUCCCAUGUUCUGUUCGCAGUCCAUUUGUGAGUACUUCUGAGCAAGGCACCAAAGACAAAGCCAUCGAGCAUACAGGCUCAGUGGUUUUGAGUGUUUGUGUGAAAUGUUGGUGCGUUUGUCUGUGUAAUGAGCGAGUCUGUGAGUUUUUCUUUGACAAUUUUGAGACACAGAACGACAGCUGUGGGGGAGAGUUUGAAAGAAAUGUCCUUGCUAUCUCUCUUUUGCACACAACAUCCAUAGCUGAACAUUUUUAUUGAUGUUGUGCUGUAAAGUUUAUUUUUUGCUUUAAAAUUUUAAAAUAAAUGUUUGUUUGUUUUUGUUUUUGGCGACUGGUUGAAAAGCUUCCCAUGGGUGACGACAGUGUGUCCAUGGUACAUUUUCAUGGUUACUUUUCAAAGCAAAAUACUCCAGCAUCAGCGAGCCGCUGCCUGUCAUACAUCACUCUCAUAAAAUUGCUGCAGAUUUCUAGUGCUUUCAACAAACACUCUUUGGUCAAAACGGGAAACUGCAAGUUCAAGUAUGAGGCUUCAUUUCAGGGUUUUUCAUAUUUUCUUUAUUUUAAAUAAACUUCAGAUUCUUUGUAGAGGUUUUUCACUCUCCUACCAAAGGGAAAGUGGUAAAUUUAUGAAUGCAACAAUCAGAUUUUGAAGUAAUGUUCACAGUCUGAGUAAUAAUCAUGAUUUCAUAUUUGGAUUCCAGUGUUUCCCUUAGGUUGAGAAUUUACUUGUGGUGGUGGGCAGGGUGGCGCUGUGGUGUUUGAUAAGUGCAUUCAAAAUAAUCUAGUCAAACAUAAGUUUAUGAACUAUGCCUUAUUUAUUGCACAUACUCCAGACUAACUUCUUUUGCUGAGAACACAGUAACCCCUCAGUAAAAAUUUUAGGAGCGUAAGCAGAAAAUUUAAGGGUGCACGCUGUAGCUUGACUUGCAAGGCAAAUAAUUCACAUUUCCUCUCAUUUUCACUGUAUCACCAAUAAAUAGAUAAUAAAUGCAGAAAUGACAAUGUGCUGUUUUAAAUUCAGUGUCACAUUUCAUUGUAAACUUUUAAAGAUGCAAAACAAACAUAAAACAUAAGGUAGACAGUGCACUAUCAUCACACUGACCAAUGAGAGUUUUUUUUCCGCACCUUUGUUUACAACUUUAGACUGCUGCAGACUGUUGCUUUGUUAACAAACAACCCAAAGGAAAAAAAAGCUUUAAGAAGAAAAAGUCACAGUCAGUCUCUGAGACAAAACCAGAGGUACAAUAACAGAAACUGUAUGAGGAAGAAAACAGUAUUAAAUCAAUAGUAAGUUAGUGUAGCUGGAGCGCAACAGUUUGGGUGUGCUUCAGUAUAUUUACCAGCGUGUUCCGCGCUCCGCCACGUUUGUCUGGAGGAAAUCCUGCUGUCUGUGUGUCUGUAUGACCGUGUAUUUUUUAUUUUUUAAAUUCUAUUUUCAUCUUCUUGGGUGCGGGCGGCCCAAGUAAAGUCUAUGUAGGGGAAACACUGGAUUCACAACCGUAUUUCUAAUUCAUACAUUUAAAUCACAAAUUUAUCUCAUGUUGUAGUGAGCGUAGUGUUAAAAUUCUUGCUGUUAUUUCAUUUUUUUUACAUCUAAUAAUUUAACAUACAAUGUGUACCCCACAAAGACAGGAGGCAGCAACAUUAAAAAUCACUGACCAAAGCCCUCGAGAGGACUAUUUCCUCUUCCGUAGACUUCAUGGUGCUUCGCUACUGUGUUGCAUUUAUUUAACCUUAUUUAACUUAACUUGAAAUAUCACUCAUGAAUCAUGUAUUUAGGCGUAUAGGACAGGGUGAUGACCCCACUUUAUGUUUGAGGUGUUCGACCCUUUAGCAGAUUUUUCAUAAGGGUGAUCUGCUGUCUUGAAUAACUGGCUGGUCACUUUGAAAUGCUCCCAGUUCAAUCAUGUGUGAUCCCUCUGCCAUAGUCAAGCCUAUGUCUCAUUGUUAAGACGGCGUAUUAUUAAGCUGGUGCACUACAGGUAUCUCUUCGUUUUGGUCUGUGCAGGUUACGCCAAAUAAUGUCCUGGUCCUUGCUCGAGAGUGACAACAGCAACACUCUGUUUAGUGGAGCUUUUCUGAUUAACUGAGUGUGACAUUUGAAAGCAUGUGUAACAGUGACACUAAAUCCCAGUUGGAUUUAGCAGCAUUCAGGCUGUGUGUGCAGGAGAACACUCGAUGUUCACAAAAAGAAGAAAGGUUCACUCAUAAGCCAGUCUUUGAUGUGUUCAGACAAGACGAGUGAAAACAGCCCUGUGCACUCUGCAGAUACCAAUGUAGGCUCUGCUUUUCAGGCAAACAAAAACACAUUUGCUUAUUUUUUAAGGUGAUUCGUCCUUUAUUCAAACAGUCUCCACAACAGGGAAGAUAAAACCGGAGAAGGUCUUUAAAUCUGUCGCUUACAGGUGUUCUUUGGAUGCUUCAGGCCUGAAACAUUUGUUUCUCCUGGGGGAAGAGAUUGGUAAAAGAUGGAAGUGAAAAAAUGAAAUAAGCAGCUUUCCGUCAAAAAAAGAGAACAGUCCAAGGCCCACUGGAGUGACAGUGUAAAAAUAAAACACCCUCAUUUUUACACCAUCACUUCAGUUUGCCUCAUUUUUUUUAAAGGGAAAUUUUCAUUUUUUUUCAUUUUUGUCUGCGUACCAAAACAACAAUCUUUUCCCCAGAUGAAGCAAAUUUUCCAGAAUAGUUUUUUAUUUCUGCUUUUCAGUUGUCCUGAUUUGCAAUCAUUUAUUUAUAAAGCGCCAAAUCACAAGACACUUUCCAAAAAAGCCAGUUUAGACCUAACCCAAAAGACCCAAUCUCAAAUCAACAUGAAUGAAGCACUUGUAGUAUUUAGCGAGUUACAGUGGUAAGGAAACACUCCCUAACACACUUAUCCUUUAAAAAUCAUUCAUUGCCGUAUGAACAAAACAGCAAAACCUUUAUUCAUUCAUCAUCAUGCAGGGUUCCUACACAGUUUGAAUUUCCAUACCCUACUUUUUAGAAUUAUUUUUGGAAAUACCUGCUUUUCUAUUUUAGAAAACAGUAUUUUAGAACUGUGGUAAUAGUCUAGAAACAGAAAUAUUUUUCCAUACUUUAUUUUUCAUUUUCCAUACGUCUUAAGACCUGGAAAUUGAUCAAAUGUAUUUCCAUACUUUCGUAGGAACCCAGGUGUGAAGAUGUCAUCUUUAACUACACAGGAAUAGGUUUGCCUAAAUGAAAACACUUUCUGUUGCUCGGUGGUUGCAUUUUAACACAAACUAGACCUUUAAAAAUUAUAAUUUGUGAAAGUAAAAUGGACAUAUCUGUUAUUCACUUCAUUUAAUAUUAACCACUGAGCAGCUGCGGGUUAAUUCCCUCACACACAGGGACAUAAAUGAGCAUUUUGAGAGGCUGUAAGUGUAAUGAGUAAACCAAAGUUUCCUCUUAGUUACCGUCACUGUAAAUGUUGACUUAUCUUUGAAGUCUCAUCCUGUGGGGGCUGAGCUCUUUGAAUUUUGCAUAAGGAAGUUUCAGCGCAGCAGAUUGUGACAUUUUAUCUGGAGUACACAGCGCAGCAGUCUGCUGCUUACUGGUAAAAUUUUAUGGCAAGCUAACCACUUAGAGCUAACAACAAGCUGCAUUUUAUAAGAGCAGCCUCUUCAUGACAACAAGCUGCAGCUGCUGAACAUGAAAUCAGUUUCUCACUCUGGCUCCAUCUCCACAGCCUGCAAAGACGACAUUAGCGCUGAAGCAUCACCCUCCAUUCCUGAUCUGAUUAAGUAUCCCUGCAUCGCCUUCACGAAGCCACAAGAGGAGCUCAAAGUCAACGUGAGGUCUGCGCUGGGGACUACCACCCUUGUUUUCUCUGACAUGAGCAAGAAGCCAAAGCCUGUAAACUCCCCUCUGUCCCCAGCAGGCAGUCAUUUGAAUUCCUUGGCGACAGAGCGAGGUUUAUAUAAAUACAACUUCUGCCAAGGGACAACAAGCCCCAAUUAUGCCUCUGGUGGCUGGCAGAAGCAAAGUGCCGAGCGCACCAAUAGGGAAUCGCUGGCCUCCUACAGUCAGCCAUCCAAGAAAAUGAGAAUUGAUCACAGCCCCUUUCCCAGUAACAAUGCUCAAAAUGGAACCCCCAACUCACGGUGAGUGAAUCUCGCUCUAGUCUUCAUGAAUAAAGUUUAUAAUAAGAGAAGUUUUUGCAACUUCAGGGAGAUAAGUGGGAUAAAAAAGCAUGUAGCUGUGGAAUUUUUAAUACACAACUGAUGAAUAGCCAUAGCAGGAUACCAUGUGAGUACAAUUGUUUCUAAAAUGUCAUCACAAAUUGCUGAAAGGAGGUUGUUUUCGCCCUAACAAGAGUUGAUGUGACAGGCGUGCUCGUGUUUUUACCUUCAAUUUAUUUCUAAUAAGACUGUUUCUUCAGUUCUGUCAGUACAAGCAAAACACAAGUGACAAGCCGCAGCCCCACCAUUUCUUCUGGUCCCAGCACGCCGUGUUGUGUAUCCCACCGCCGCCCGACCGUCCUCAGGACAGUUCAGAAGGACGGCGACAACAAAGGACGACAGUUCUACUCCUGCUCGCUCCCCAGAGAGACCAAGUGUGACUUCUUUGAGGUGAAAAUGGAAAAUAAGUUAUCUCUGUGGCUUUGUGUCACCUGAAAAUUACAGAAGUUAAUUAUUUCUCAGAGCUGAGUUUUUGAGUGUCCGCAAACUUUCAGCCACAAGUUUCACUGCUUGAAAGAGAGAGCUGGCAACUGACUUAAAGAAAGUAUUUUCUCGUUUGCAGUGGGCUGACUUGCACUUUCCCUUUUGUCACCAUGGGAAACGCUGUUUAAUGAGGACCGUUCUGAAACUAGGACCCAACAACGGUCGGAAUUUCUACACCUGCAGCUUUCAAAAGGGUAAACAGUGCGAGUUUUUCCAGUGGGCAGAGAACGGACCGGGGAUCGCCAUCCUCCCUGGUUGUUAAUGUGUUCCAGCAAUGCAUCGCUCCCAGAUGAAGCCUGUGUGCUCAGAUUGGUGAAUUUACAAACCAAAGGACACAACAGCAAACAGCAGAGAUCUAAAGGAGAGUGUCUCAGCCCUGAUCAGAUGUUUAUUUGCAUGUGGUGUCUGUGUGUGUGUGUCCUGUUCAUCUUUUAAGUGUUUUUAAGAAUGAAAUAAAGAUUUCAAACAGCAGUAAUGAAAA